GGCUGCGCUCGCCGGAAGAGGCGGGCUUGUCUUCCUAGCAGUGACAUCAUUGGCUGCGCCGCACAGAUGCUGUCAGUCUGAGCUACGAGAAGAUGCGCCCCGAGCCAUUGUGUGAGGCGGACUGAGAGGAGGGGAGCCUGCCGGGGUCUGUACACCUGCACCCGAGGUAAUAGGAGCCCCAGGGAGGGGGUCAGAAUGCGGGGACCUGGUCCUACAUAGAGUCACUGCCUGAUCCGGGUCUCACUGCCUGGCUCUAGCGUCCCCUGCCUGGCUGUCAGUCUGUGCUCAGUAUAGUCCCCUGCCUGGCUGUCAGUCUGUGCUCAGUAUAGUCCCCUGCCUGGCUGUCAGUCUGUGCUCAGUAUAGUCCCCUGCCUGGCUGUCAGUCUGUGCUCAGUAUAGUCCCCUGCCUGGCUGUAGCGUCCCCUGCCUGGCCAUAGCGACCCCUGCCUGGCUGCCAGUCUGUGCUCAGUAUAGUCCCCUGCCUGGCUGUCAGUCUGUGCCCAGUAUAGUCACAGGCCUGGCCAUAGCGUCCCCUGCCUGGCUCUAGCGUCCCCUGCCUGGCUGUCAGUCUGUGCUCAGUAUAGUCCCCUGCCUGGCUGUCAGUCUGUGCUCAGUAUAGUCCCCUGCCUGGCCAUAGCGACCCCUGCCUGGCUGCCAGUCUGUGCUCAGUAUAGUCCCCUGCCUGGCCAUAGCGACCCCUGCCUGGCUGCCAGUCUGUGCUGAGUAUAGCAACCCUGCCUGGCUGUCAGUCUGUGCUCAGUAUAGUCACAGGCCUGGCUGUCAGUCUGUGCUCAGUAUAGUCACAGGCCUGGCUGUCAGUCUGUGCUCAGUAUAGUCACAGGCCUGGCUGUCAGUCUGUGCUCAGUAUAGUCACAGGCCUGGCUGUAGCGUCCCCUGCCUGGCUGUCAGUCUGUGCUCAGUAUAGUCUCAGGCCUGGCUGUCAGUCUGUGCUCAGUAUAGUCACAGGCCUGGCCAUAGCGUCCCCUGCCUGGCUGUCAGUCUGUGCUCAGUAUAGUCACAGGCCUGGCCAUAGCGACCUCUGCCUGGCUGUCAGUCUGUGCUCAGUAUAGUCCCCUGCCUGGCUCUAGCGUCCCCUGCCUGGCUCUAGCGUCCCCUGCCUGGCUCUAGCGUCCCCUGCCUGGCUCUAGCGUCCCCUGCCUGGCUCUAGCGUCCCCUGCCUGGCUCUAGCGUCCCCUGCCUGGCUCUCAGUCUGUGCUCAGGAUAGUCAUAGGCCUGGCUGUAGCGUCCCCUGCCUGGCUGUCAGUCUGUGCUCAGUAUAGUCAUAGGCCUGGCUGUAGCGUCCCCUGCCUGGCUGUCAGUCUGUGCUCAGUAUAGUCACAGGCCUGGCUGUCAGUCUGUGCUCAGUAUAGUCACAGGCCUGGCCAUAGCGUCCCCUGCCUGGCUCUAGCGUCCCCUGCCCGGCUAUCAGUCUGUGCUCCAUUAUAUUCCCAGGCCUGGCUAUAGCUCCCAGGCCGGGCUGUCAGUGUGUGCUCCAUUAUAUUCCCAGGCCUGGCUAUAGCUCCCAGGCUGGGCUGUCAGUGUGUAUUCCCAGACCGGGCUCUGUCUGCUCAAGCAUAGUCACAGGCCUCCUGUGUGACUGUAAACACUGGUGACAUCUGCCCAGGGUGGUGUAUGCAUCCUCUAUAUUUAUUGUUGUAUACCACGCCCCAUUAGCCUCUCACACCCUUCAUGUCAAGUCUUGGAUGGCUCCCAGGAGGUGUUGUGAAGCGGUUAAAUCACACACCUAGCUAUAGUAGUGAUAAUCACUAAACCACUGGGGUGUAAGUUGUUGAAGGCUCCAGAAACAAAACGCCUAGGUAUUUGAUGGCAUGUAAAGCUUUCUACAAAAACAAAAUCAAGAAGCUUACUAGUCUAAAUAAAGUCAGAAUGUAUCAAUUGGAAGCCUUGUGAGACUUGAAAAUUAGUUGGUUGCUCAGUUCUGCUAUUUUGCCUCCGCUUAUUUGUUUCACUAGUUGUGUACUCACCAAUGCUGACUGUUUAGUGAUUGGGCCCUUAAAUCUACCAGAUCAUACACCACCCUGUUCCAUAAUCAGUCGGCAGUGUGUAAAUGGUUUCUCUUUCCGAAUAUUAUGAAAGACCACUUACUUAUUCAUUAUUGUGCAGUAGUUGUCCACUGUCUGCAAAAUAUAACUGCAUUACUCUAAUGGAGUUGGUAUUUCCUCAGUCUGUAAUUAUAAGCUGUGUAUCUGCGAUCUACACCCCUCCUGUCUCAGGAGUAUCCUUGAAGCAGAAGAAAGAUGUUGGCUAUUUAUAUUUUCAUGUGACUGCAACUGUUUGUUCAUAAAAACUGUGCCUGUCUCUGUAUGUACGGUGUAAUGCAUCUACCAGUAAUGUUUAUUGGUAUGCAUGGUUUUUUUUUUCAACAUCUUUACAAAAUAAUGGUGGGUAUUCAUUCAAACCCACAUAUUUUGAAGAUGAGAUUUAGUGAACCAAGGGAACAGAUUUUGAGUUACCUAAACUCUAGAGCAGUACCAUCAGAGUACCAGCCAGAACUGUAAUGGUUUUUUAGUGAUGAAACUAAGCUUUUGUAUGAAGGAUCUUUAGGUUCUCACUUGUUUUUAAUGCAUAUAAACUAAUCUUUAAUUAGGCUUAAAAGGGUUGCUCCAACAAAUUUUUUUUUUUCUUUCCCUAAAACACAGAUUUUUGGUUGGAGUAACAAUGUUCUGUAGCAGUGCACCCCCCAACUCCGUAGAAGAGAGCUCAAACUUGAUUUAAAAAAAAAAAAAAAAAAAAAUGUUCCUCCCUCUGCAUGAUUCUCCUUUGCUGACGUUAUUUGUUGGGGUAGAAAGGAUGCAUGAGGUGCCAUUUGUGUGGCCUCCAGCAUAUGGGGGGGAGGGGAGGGUUUGUCUGUUUUUAUUUUUUUUGUCUGAUGCCAGUUUUGCACGGAAUUGAUACGGGCUAAUGACUCCAAGUGAUGUGAUGUUGCUGGAGGUGGAGUUAAACCUUUGACACCAGAGAAUUUCAAAUGUCGGAAGAGGUCACUGUGCUUGGGAAAACUGUUUAAAACAGUCUAUGGACCAAAUGUGUUUAAGGGAGAUCUCGUUAUUAAUAUAGGUUGAAAAUGUGUUGUUUUUGUUGUUGUUUUUUUUGGUACUUGGUUCUUUUAUUCCCCCCACUAUAUUUAGGGUGAGGUGAAUAGGUAGGGGUUUAUUAAUAUUUGGGUGGGGUAGGUGACUAGUGGCUUGGGGAUCCCUAGCCCCCUUGUGGGAGGGGGACACGCACAACACUUUCAUUUAGGGCCACUGCUUGCGGGUGGGGGGGGCACUAGGGGUUUUUGUGUUUUUAAAACAGUGAGCAGCUACAGGCUUUACUUAGUAUUGGUAAAUUUGCCUGAAAGACCAGUUUAGGUCUUUCAGCUUUUUGGUAGUGGCUCCCUAAUACCGUGGGAAUUAUCUACUAAGCAGCUGCAAGCCGCGGCACGAAUAGGAUCGGAGUUUCAUUCAUUCGAAUGAGAUUCCAAUAUGAACAAAGUUCCGAAAUGCGUCCUAAUGUGAAUAAACAAACUGUUCUCAUUCUGCAAGGACGCAGUUCGGCAGUUUUGCCGGUGUUCUGUCUGUGACGUUCAGGAAAAGUGAACGAAAGCAUCGCAGGAACACGGAGGAAAGGUGAGAAUUAUGGGAAAAUUUCUCUGACCGCCGGAAAUGAAGGCCACUUUGCACCUCCACUGGUCAGAGAUGGUCAGGAGUAGGAAACCUCCAUAAGACACAUAGUCCCUACUUUGUCUUAUAUUUUAAAGAAAAUUAGAGCAGACAGCAAGAAAUGAACAGAUCCUGAGUGAGUAAGGGAAGAGGACUCUAUUAAAUAGACACUGUCAUGUCAAACUUACCUUUCUUUAAUCACUAUUCUGUUAAUAGACCAGUGCUUUAGUCUCGUGCAAUAAAAUGUAUUGACAAACUAGCAGAUACCUUAUAACUGCUUGCUAUCCUUACAUUAUUUGGCUUUCGAUAUUGACUGUUUUUGGGGGGGGUGUUUGUACCUGCAAACCAAUAGUGCUUUCCGUAUUAUUCAUUUUCUCAUGCAAAAAUUCAAGCAAAGUUCACUGGAUAAUGAUCCUUGUCAUAUUUAUGUUCAUAUGUAUUUAACUGCAUCCAGCAUAUAUGUACCCCCUUGCUGAGUCUGUAUAAGUACCUGGUGUGUGCCGUGAGUUGGAUGCAGUGCAGGGCUAACUCAUGAUUGGUUCAAAAGUGAAUUGCUGUGUGACUUCACACCUCCACAGACAAGUGAUGCUGUUUGCUUGUGGCCCGAAUUAUGCUGUUUCGUAAAAGAACAUUAUAGUCACCCAGGCCAAAUCAUCUAAACAAACCAGGUAUUAUAAACUGGCUAUGCUAGAUAAAGGAAAGCCUCUGAUAGACAAGUAAAUGUCAGCCCAGGUCAAAUUGAGUUUCUUAUGCACUUUAUUUGAACAACGUCAGAAUGGACUUAACUGGGAGUUCUGUGACCUUCUGCAUUAUUCUGUGAUAUUGCACAGGUGUAGGUUCUGUGUUCUAAGCCCCACUUUAUUUUAUGAACCAUAUUUUGCCUUGGUCUAUUGUUUCAUGUAAUUUUUUUUAUUUUAUAUUUAUUAAUAUUUUAAUAACCCAGCACUGUUGAGCUCUACUAUUUGAAUACCACAAAGUCGUAUAGACAAGGUUGCAAUUCAUAUUACCAGACUGUUAUUUAUAUAAGUGUGGCGAAAGUAACCUCGCCACUGGUUUUUGGAGGGGCCUGUUUGCCAGCCUCCUGCCCUGCGACUAUGGCCCUGGGAUGUAUUUGGGCAUAAUGGAUUUCUAGAAUGCUGUUUCUGGCCCUUUAAUUCCCAGAGAGAGCAUUUGUACUUUUAAACUGUACAGCUAAUUGUGUUACCUCUCAGGCUAAGGGGAGGGAAUCUGUGUUGUAACCAUUGUUUGAUUGGCUAAUGUAUAAUUGUCUGCUUUUAUGUAUGUCAUUAAACCAGAGUUCUACUUCACCCUCAAUUUGGAGUGCCGUCUUAUUGGGGGAAUCUGCUACAAGGGAUUGCUAUGCUUGUCAUACUCCCUUGCUAAAUCACUACUAAGUUCCUGCCUUGCUCUCUGGAGGAGUCUACAGUGGUUAUGGUGUCUGCUGUAGUGCUUGGCGCCCUCAGGAAGCGCUAGGAGCAUCCAUCAACGGAGGUACCCAGUCGGGGUGCCAGGUGAUCCAUUACAAUAAGGGAUUUGUAAACUAUCAGUGUUUGCCCUUAAAGGGACACUAUAGGCAACCAGACCACUUGAGCUCAUUGAAGUGGUCUGGGUGCAGUGUCUGUUGCAUCACUAAGUCUAUCUCCAGUGGCUGUCUCCCACACAGCCACUCGAGGCGUCUUUUGGUCCGGUAUCUGAUGCUGGAUGUCCUCACGCUUUGCAUUAGGUCAUCCAGGGUCAAAUUUUUCCCCAUAGGAAAGCAUUAAUUCAAUGCUUUUGUUUUGGGGAGGUCUAAUGUGCGUGGUAUUUGCUGCGCAUGCACAUUUGUACAGGAGGAGGAGGUGGACAUCGGUGCUGGGAUAAGGCAAGUAAAUGUUUUUUAACUUUAUUGGCCACCGCAGGGAGGCAGAGGGAGCUAUAGUGUCACGAAUACAGCUUUGUAUUCCUGGCACCUAUAGUAUCCCUUUGAAGGGAACACUAGUGUAAGGAAUACCUGCCUCGCUUUGAAAGGGUAAUCUUACUCACUUUUUCUCCCACUCAACACAAAUCUUGUUGCGGCUGGCUCUGCCUCCAUAGCUUCUAUUGUCAAACUUGAUGAUCUUGGCCAAUCCAAUGUUUUCUUGUGGGAAAGUAUUGGGAGGCUAUUGAUUAUGCGGUGAAAAACUCUGUGCAUCAGUUGAUCUCGAUGAGGAAUGUGGAGAUGCUGAAUGCCAGCUCUAUGCACCAUGUAACAUUUAACUAGAAAGCACCUCUAGUGGCUGUCUGAGUGACUACCACUAGAAGUUACUAGGCAGCAAUGUAAACACUACAUUUUCCCAUGAAAAACAUGGUGUAGUGGUUGUGUUCUGAUGACUAUAGUGUCCCUUUUAAUUCCUUGUUUAACAGACAGGAAGUAAUGUACACCUUGUAACUGUAACAAUGUAAUGGUUAAAAGUGCAAUACAGUUCUGUCUGAUUUUACUAGUAAGCAUGUCGGGAUAAUGCACAAAGCACAUGACGAGCGUUGUAGGACACUCUAAUUGUAAAGCCUUCAGUAAACAGAAUGGCAAGUGCAGUGAAUAAUUAUACUCUUUGUCAAUCACUGGGAGUUGUAAAAUCACCCAAAGUAGGAAAACACUAAUAAGGGGAGGCUAAGCUAUAUGUAUGGUUUUAGAUUUUCUCUCCAAAGGCAUUUUAUUGUAAAAGAAACCAGGUUUAAAUAAAUAUCCAUCUAAAGAUGGUUUCUCUAUACGAUACAAUAUAGUUUAACAGUUUCUCAUCAUAAAGUAAGGAUUAGUUAUGUAGUAUGUGGCUGUAUAUUCAAUAUUUAUAUAUUUUUUUUUUCAAAGUUAAUUGAAACUGUGUAUUUUAGAAGACUGUUGCUGUGAAAAAUUGCAUGCUGGUUGUGCAAAGUUCAGAAAACCUUUAAAGGGACACUCUAGUCACCAGAACAACACAGCUUAAUGUAGAGUUCUGGUGUCUGCCUGUCCCUGCAGACAUUUUAAUGUAAACACUGCCUUUUUCAGAGAAAGCAUUACAGUCUAGUAACACCUCUAGUAGAUGUCACUCAGACGGGCAUCAGAGAUGUUUCCUGUUUUCCAUCGUUCGUGGAAAUGCUGAACGUUCCCAGUGGAUGUAUUGAUUCAAUGCAUCUCGGAGGAGAUGCUGAUUGGUGCAGUGUGGAACUUUGCCAAUAGCCUCCCAAUGCUUUACUAUGGAAAAUUGGUUGGCUGAUUUGAUGAUCGGAGCAGGGCCAGCCACAAGGAGACCCACACUGCACUGGGAAAAAAGUGAGUAAAUUACCUUUUAACAGAAGGUUUUGACCUAGAGUGUUGGGAAAACAGGUUUGCAUUCCUGAUACUAGUGUUCCUUUAAUCCCAUUAUUCUGCGAAUCUAUGGACAUGAGAUGAACACAUUUUAAGUUUUAAAAACUAGUUGGUUCACCUUGCAAUAAAAUUUAAUUAUCUAUUAUUACGAAUGGUAUAUAACUGUACUGAUUAUACUAUUAAAUGGUACCCAACCCUUGGGAGGGAGGGACCUUUCCUGUGUAGAAUGCCUGUCUGGUAGUGUAGAGAGAGUCUCCUUCAUCUAAGCCUGUGAUUGGACCAUUUUGCCAGCACAUGCGCGUGCUCCGGGAGGAAGGUUAUUUUUUAAAAAAAAAUUUAAAUGUAAAAAAAAUUAUUAGUACUACUCUUCAAUAGAGGGGGAUGGAAGGGUGCGCCCACAUGGAGGAUGAUGGAGAAGAAUUAGUUCCCCCUUGCUCGCACUUUGCCUAGCUGACAUGGUUUUUAUGCACAGAAUUGACAUCCGGUAUCUCAAAACCGUUCUAGGCUGUGAGUGUCUCGUAUCCUGGAGUAUGAACUAGCCCCAGCACAAAAUUACAAAUAUCUCCGUAUGUGCAGUGUUUCAAACUGAAACCCUGUACAUACUGACUCCAAUCACUAUGACCACUUCAAAUAACUUUUAGUGGUCAUGGUGCUUGGAGUUACCCUUUAAAACAAUCUGAAAAGUUAUUAUCUUAAAAUCUGGAUCUUGCUGCAAAUAUUGAAGAUAACUUAGCAUGAUUUUCAGUAAUGAUUGACAUUAACUUGCUUUAAAUCUUAUCCUGCCUGCAGAUAUGUACCUUCUCCACAGUAAAUGAGGUGGCUGAAAUGUUUAUAUUUCAAAAAUUACAUUUAUGGGUUUUCUCUGCUUAGCGUUCUUUGUGUGUGUAUAUGGAGCCUGUGCAUACACCAUACAAUAGGUCUGUUUCUUUUCAAAACUGAGUGCUAGUUCUGCCUGCAACAUUUUCUGUUGCAGUGACUUGAAAAACAGUUGCAAAAUUAAUGAGCAUAGGAUUAUAAAACUGUCAAUAAAGAUGGUCAAAAAGGGGGUGUGGCGCAAGGAAUUUCUUUUAAAACUUUGAAACACGUGAAAUUGUAUUCAUGGCUGUUUACUCUUCAGUUACUAACUGAACCGCAAAACUUAAAAUCCAUGCUGUGGCUAUGGCUGAGUUAGACAAUUUUGCCAGAUUAGUUAUCUUAUCUAAAGUUUGCAACUUUUUCACGUCCCAGCAGUUUUAGUGACUAAAGCCCUGUGUCUUAAAGUAAUUGAACAAGGUUCGCCUGGGUUAGUUAAUUCCCUCUGUUUAAUGUUACAAACUUGCCUGAUGAAUGACAGAUUCUUAUCUGUAACACAAACAAAACCCAUUGUGGCUGUAUGCUUGGUUACCUUUGCACUUGCUAAAUGCAACCACAAACAAACUGGUGAAUUCUAAACCAAACUGCAGAAACAUUCUCUAACUCUGCUAUAGCAAGUGGUUGCUUAUCCCUGAAAUGCUGUUUUAGAUUCCCUGCUAAUUGCGGUUUAGUGAGUAAGCUUUAACAAGUUCCUAAACACCCAAUUACUUAAGGCAACAUAUGGUUUGGGGAAAAAUCUUGGUUACAGCUUGACUAUUUUAGCCUAAAUAUUUCAGUCCAGCUUUAAAGUCAUGAAUAAACGUUGGGGAAAUUGUGGUUUAAUCCAGGGGUGCCCUUUGCUCCAUAACUGCUGUUGGCUUUUAGAAAACACAGUUCAAGGGUAAUCCAACAGCUUGGAUGUGCCAUGGUUGGCGCAACCUUGGUGUUAACAGUUUGUGACCUGUCCUUUUCUUGGCUUGAAAGGGACACUAUAGGCACCCAUACCACUUCAGCUCAUUGAAGUAGUCUGGGUAGUGUUCCUGUUCCCAUUAGUCCUGCAAUGGAAGUCAUUGCAGUUUUAUAGAAACGGCAAUGAUUAACAUUGCCAGACUAAGACCGCCUCUGUUGGCUGUCAGACUGCCACUAGAGGCACUUCCUGGAUUCAAACAAACACUUGGUCGUCUAACUGAAGUCAGAUGUCCUCACGAUCUGCAUGAGGAUAUCCCCAUAGAAAGCAUUAAAACAAUAGUUUCCUAUGGAGAGGGCCUAAUGCGCUCACCACGCAUGCACGUAAAGCUCCCCUUCGGAGGAGACAGUCGCCGAUCCAGCACCGAGGGAGAUGCGCGCUGGAAUCGGGUGAGUGAAGGUUUUCUUUUUAACAAUUUUGCAUGUUGGAAGGGGGUAGCGGCUGAGAGUACUGUAGUGUAAGGAAUACAACUGUGUAUUCCUUACGCUAGAGAAUACCUUUUUAAUGCCUGCGUGGGGAGUGCUACGCGUGUGCUUUAGAUAUGACAAUCACCGUGACUAUAAGAAGAAGAUUUAGCCAACUCCAAGUGAGCCUAGCUGCUGGAAAGAGGUAAGUAGAUUUGAGGUGGACGACCUAUGAAGUUGGAGACAGGGCACACUACAGCAGGUUAGUAUUCCUCAUGCAAUAGUAUUCCUUUAAUGUUUACAGGGUUUCUAACCUGAACACUUCCUUCGUAUGUUAUUGUAGCACAGCAACAGUUCCCCAGACUAUGGAGCUUUUCCACAAUAAGUCUUCUUCCGCACCCACAGCUUGUCUGGAUAAUUACACCUCUUGGGAUAGCUCCCGUGGUUUCCCUCUCUCCCAAUCAACCUUGGAAUUGUAACCCACUCAUAUUUAUAGUUGAUGUUUUGUCAAAGCUGGCAGAUCUAGGUGUCACAUGCCAUCCUGCAGUCCCUGAACAGCCAGGUGACUACUUGUCUUCCAUCAGCCAUAACUGGCUAGCAGUAAGCAGUCAUGGAGUAGAGACACUCUUGAGAAGUAUAGGGUUGUAAAAGGCUUAAAUUCAUACAUUUUCAGAUGGUAAAACUCAAUUUAAGAAUGUUUUUAAAGGACCACUAUAGGCACCCAGACCACUUCAGCUUAAUGAAGUGGUCUGGGUGCCAGGUCCAGCUAGGAUGAACCCUUUCUUCUAUAAACAUAGCAGUUUCAGAGAAACUGCUAUGUUUAUAAUAGGGUUAGGCGUUUCUCACUGUGACUUUUCACAGUGAGAAGACGCCAGAUUCCAUAAGCUGAUGACGGCGAUAUGGAGGAGAGUCCCCCGUCCGGCGCUGGAAAAAUAGGUAAAUUUAACCCCUUCCUCCCCCAUGUUUUCCUGGCACUAUAGUGGUCCUUUAAUUUAAAUGGCCGAAGUUGGCCAACUUGAUGUUUUAAAACCACUUCGACAAUGCUUUGUUGGCCUCGAUAUUUUGUAUUGCAUAAACAUCAGAGAAUCUUUGGCCACAACUGGCGAAUGAUUUACUAAUAAACAAGGUGGUCUCUAUUUAUCACUGUUUAACAAUGGGGUAUAAAGAGACCCAAAGAUGCUUAAAACGACACUAUAGUCACCAGAACCACUGCAGCUUAAAGGACCAUUAUAGUGCCAGGAAAACAUACUAGUUUUCCUGGCACUAUAGUGCCCCCAUCCUCAGGGACCCUCUCCUGCCAGGCUCUGGGGAGAGGAAGGGGUUAAACGUACCUCUUUCUCCUCCUCUUCUCCUCCUCACAAUGCUUUCCUAUGGAUGCUGGCAUCUUCUCACUGUGAUUUUUCACAGUGAAAAGCACGCAAGCGCCUCUAGCGGCUGUCAAGAGACAACCACUGGAGGCUGGAUUAACCCUACAUACAACACAUUCUCUGAAACAAUGUUAAAAAAAAAAAAAAAAAGGAGGAGGGGGGGAGGGUUAACCCUAGCUGGACCUGGCACCCAGACAACUUCAUUAAGCUGAAGUGGUCUGGGUGCCUAUAGUGGUCCUUUAAUGUAGUAGUUCUGGUGUCUAUAGUCUGUCUCUGCAGGCUCAGCAAUCUAAACGCUACAUUUUAAGCAAAAAGGCAGUGUUUACUUUGCUGGCUGGUAUCAGGUAUUUUACUGUCAGACAUUUUGUAAUAAGACACAAUAAGUUGUAUUUUUAUAAUCGGUUGAGAUUAAUAUGUGAAAUACAAAUACUCUGAUAAACGUACUCCAGGGUAUAUAAGAGUUAAAAUAGUGGGUAACUAGUCUCUCUAAAUUAAUCAAGGGGAAACGUGCCAAAAUAUAAAUUUUGAUAUUAAUAAAAAUUAAAUACACUUUUGAUUUUUAUAAAACAAUUUUGUAAAAUAUUUAUUACCCCAUAAAUAUCCUGACUCUAAUUACGCCUCUAGGUGCCGUUACACACGUCAGAAAUCUUGGUGAUGUAGAUUAUGUUGCCUGUGCUGCAAAUGCUGACAUCGUAACUCCUCCUUUGUGAGGUCCUGCAAGGUUUCACACUCACAUUAUAGUUGGGGUAAUUACUAAAGCACAUGGGACAUUUUAGGGUAAAAAUUGGGGUUAGAUUUAGAGAGUAACUUUUUAUUUAGAGAUUAGGGACACCUAGGAAAAACAUUACAUUUAAAAAUGUCUAGGGUUAAUUUUCUUACUCUUGGGGUUAGAGUAAGGAGUGAGAGGCUAAUAAUUUUUAACCCUAAAUUUCCUCUGCAUCUGUGCUUAAAUGAAUGCCCGAACUAUAAUGUGAGUGUGAAUCUAGCUUUAAUUAUGUUGCAGGACCUUGCUGAAAAAGAGUUAUGUCAGCAAAUGCACUCUGAAGAGGCAUUAUGGUGCCGCUCGACCUGGAGUGACGCGGUAGUCUCACUCAUGCUCCUAGCUUGCAUCAGAUUUUUGGACCCGUCAGGAAUGCAAGAACACAUGUGCAGCACAUGGACAUGACAUGGGUUUAGAUUUCUAAUGGAGUCCAGAAAUCUGACAGAACACAGUCCCUCAGAUGGCCACUAGAGGAGUUCCCUUUUUUUUUUUUUUUUUGUGCAGCACUUGCGUUCAGCACCUCCCACGUUCUGCAUGGAGACGCUGAAUUUUCCUCAUAGAGAUGCAUUGAAUCAAGGAAAUUGGGGCAAUGCAGCAUUUUACAGCACAUGCGCCAUAGCCUCCCAAUGCUUUCCUGUGGACGGCCAGAUAACUAAAUAGGUAUUCCCAACACUAUAGUGUACCGUUUUAAUUGCCUUAAAGUUCAAAAUUACUUUGCCUUUUUAACUCUUCUAGCGCUUUGCUACAUCCUAUGGACUUCAUGGGGAUGACAGGUAUUUGACUAAUACCUGAGCACAUUUAAUCACCCUGGAGGUUUUGUGUCCGUGUUUACUGAAUACUAAAUUACAAGGCACUUGGCUCAAGGUGUGUUUAGUACUUGGGGUGUGUGGUUCUAAUUUUAUGAAAGUAUAUAGGCUGUUGGGAAAGAGCAGCUGGGCUAUGUGGAGGUCUAUGACUACAUGUACACUCAGGAGGCCGAAUUUGCCAUGCACUUAUUGUAAUACUGGUGAUGCAGCCCUCGCAAGUAGAUGGAAAACGUGCUAGAUGUAGGCUCUUAUUCACUAAGCCAGGAUUUGUGGACAGCUGAGAAGAUAACUACAAUUUUUAAAUUAUACACUGUCUUUAUUGUUCCCUGCAGAUCACCUUAGUAUUAAAACAGAAAAGAGGGAAAAGAGGACGCCACUAUGGGGGAUGACAGUGAAUGGAUGAAACUUCCUAUUGACCAGAAAUGUGAACAUAAGGUAUGUCUUCAGAUACAUUGAUGUGAUGAGCAGUAAAUCUUCCCCUCACACUUAGUCGCUGUUUGUAUUCUGGAGUAGCUAUAUAAAAACACUUAUUCCAAGGCAAGCAAGAUGUAAAUAAGACAAAUUGGGGUCAUUUUCUUAUUAAAUCCCUGCCUUUGCCAUAUUCAAAUUCACACAUAUCUAUCACCCUUUGACUAUGAUAAUACAUUCUGUUUGUGCAAGAAAACCAUGAGUGAUCUCAUGGUACUUUCCAUGGAUAAUGUCAUGGUAACUUCCUGGUCCCAGGCUGGGUACGUUCCACAUCCAGAUUUCACUAGAAGACCUUACACUUAUCUGAAAAGUGAUUUUAUUCUAUUAAUGGAGCGUUGCUGUAUGUAUAAAACAUUAUUUAUAUCAAUAAUAUUACUGACUUGUGACAUUAAAUCAAAUGACCCUCUAGAAAACAAUAACGUUGACAUACUCCAGAUUAUAGUAGUAGGGCUGUUUGUUUUGUUUGCCAUAAUGACUGCUGUGCCUUCCAUCUUUAAUAUUACUGCUACCCUAUUUCUAGGUUUGGAAAGCCAGGUUAAAUGGCUACGAGGAGGCCGUGAAAUUAUUCCAAAAGAUUGUGGAUGAGAAGAGCCCAGAAUGGUCAAAAUAUUUGGGUCUCAUAAAGAAGUUUGUAACAGAGUCUAAUGCAGUUGCCCAGUUAAAGGGUUUGGAAGCUGCUCUGGUCUUCGUGGAAAAUGCACAUGUCGCCGGAAAGUAAGUAGAAUCCAUGUUCUUUACAUACGGCUAAAUGCAUACUGCGAAAGCAUAUGAACUAGGGAUCGACUGAUAUAGUGGUUUAUUUUUUUAAAAUGUAUUUGUUUUUAUUUAUUUUUUUAGCUGAUGCCGAUUUAAUCUGUGAACUUUUCAGAGCGAUAGCCGAUAAUUUACUGAUAUUCUGUUCAUUUACCAUUUCGAAAAAUCUGUUAAUUGAACAUGUUUUAUUUUUUUGCAAAUUCAUUUUUUUUUUUUUUUUUUUAAAUUGAGGUAAAUGCACAAAUAUACAAUAGUCAGAAUUUGCUUUCUAGAAUGUGUGUAGUGGAUGCAGUAAGAAUAUUUGAAUGCAGUGUGUGUUUAGUGGGGGGAUUUUAAUUUUUAACAUUUUUCCCUGGUGACAUGGACUGUACAGAGGGGACCCAGCUGCAUGCUUACUUCCCUUCAGCUCCCCUGUCUAACUCUCGCAGCCUGCGUGCUGCUGGAGUGUUGCCAUAGUAACCUGUGGCAACGCUCUGACUGCCGCUGGACUUGCGAGAUUUAGAGAGGGGAGCUGCUGGGAAGGUAAGAGCGAGCUUGCUGCUGCCUGCCACCUCCAACCAACACCCCUCCCCCCAGCCAGACCGAUAAUCGGUCGUUCCCUAAUAUGAACACUCGGCGAAGGCAGAAAUGUAACUAGGCAUGUAAUAAUUACAUCAUUUUCAGGACCCAGGAUAUUCUCUCCUAACACAGAAUGAGUGUAAUUCAUCGGUCAAACCAUAUCUUAGACGUCUUACAAAUAGUUUGAUUUAACAUUUUGUGAAUCUGGUUAUAGGCAGCCUCGAAUCCCUGCUCUGCUUCCAAAACUGAGAUCAAAGUUGUGUGUCACAUUGAUUAAGCAUACAGGCCGCAUGUUUGAUUUCUGUGUGAGGCUGUUAGGGCUGCAAUAGUGCUAAGCAUUCUAACGGACUUCUAAGAAUCCUGAAAUAAAUCUAGUUUUAUUUUCAGAAUUGAGAGUGAACUAUGUGACAUUACUACUGCAAUUUAAGUUUUAAUUUUAAACCGGUUUAGUAUGUAUCUUUGGAUGGAAUGUAUUACCUUUCUUGUUAAUAUCACACUAAUCGCCGCCUUUUUCUUGGCAGAACCACAGGGGAAGUAGUGUCUGGAGUUGUAAAUAAGGUAUUUAACCAGCCAAAAGCCAAGGCAAAGGAGCUUGGCUCUGAUAUCUGCCUCAUGUACAUAGAGAUAGAAAAGGCAGAAGCUGUACAAGAAGAGCUGUUAAAAGGUCUGGAUAAUAAGAACCCAAAGAUUGUGGUGGCCUCGGUGGAGACACUGCGGCGAGCACUGAGGUAAGUGCUUGUAACGAAUUGUUAUUGCCUCCGAACCCCCAUAGCCUAAUUUCCUAUCUCAUGAUUUAUCCCUCUUCAUUUGUAGUGAAUUUGGUUCCAAAAUAAUGACCCUGAAGCCAAUUAUUAAAGUGUUGCCAAAGCUCUUUGAGUCCCGUGAAAAGGCCGUUCGAGAUGAAGCUAAACUCUUGUCAGUGGAGAUAUACCGCUGGAUAAGGGAUGCUCUGAGACCUCCUUUGCAAAACAUUAAUCCUGUUCAGGUGAGAAAUGUGGUAAUUUACAUGCAGAAUACAUUUAACCAACUGCCUGGAGUUGCACUAGUGAAUGGUGUUUAUGUAUCACAAUAGGCAACUUAUAGCAGUUUGCUGCCAGUUGUAGUCUUUGAAACUUAAUUGCAGCUUUUACCUUCUUGCUUAGUACUGGAGGCAACUUUUAGGAGUCCUCCCUCCACCCGUUUGACAUCUACACUGCAGUCACAAGGUCACACUGAAGAAUACUGUGAAAUUUACUUUUUUUUUUUUUUUUCCCCAUACUCCUAUUUUUUUUUAUUUUUUUUAAUUUUUUUAUCAGCUUAAAGAUCUAGAGGAAGAGUGGGUGAAGCUUCCCCAGUCCGCUCCGAAACAGUGCCGCUUUCUGCGUUCACAGCAAGACCUUAAGGCAAAGUUUGAGCAGCAGGCCGCCGCUGGAGAUGGUGGAGGUGGGUGCCUUUGCAGAGCGCUUUCAUCCAGUAGUGUGCAAUAAUGGUUUGCCCCUCUAAACAGUCAUUCUCACGGUCAUUGGUUGUGUACUUUAAGCGUUACUUAGAAACUUGGUUAAAGCUGCAGUACCUUUUACAAAUUACCAGUCCCUCAGAGCUGUCAGGCAGUGAGAAUGCUUGGUAAUGCCUGUCAUCUGUUUUGCCACAGUGCUUCAGCAAUGAACUUUUAAUGGUAAAUAUCUCUUAAAUCAUAUCUCUACUUCAUUUCAUAGAUUUAUAAAAUACCCGCCCCUACCCCCCUCAUAACUUGCUACAAAUAUCUCCACGGCUUUAAAGACUGUUAUGUGUAUCUUCUCCUAGAUGAAGAGUGUGAAGAGGAGGCUAUACCACAAGUUGAUGCUUACGAGUUGCUGGAAGCUGUUGAGAUCCUCGCGAAGAUGCCCAAAGAUUUCUAUGAUAAAAUUGUAAGUAUGGCUGUAUUGGCCAUUACGAAUAAUGAAACAUGGCUGCCUGUAAUUUCUGAAAAUAUGCAAAAUCUUCAUUAACAGGAGGCCAAAAAGUGGCAGGAGAGGAAGGAAGCUCUGGAAGCUGUGGAGGUUCUUGUAAAGAAUCCCAAGCUUGAGGCGGGUGAUUAUGGUGAUCUCGUGCGUGCUCUGAAAAAGGUAACCAUGUUCCUUCACCUCUCUUUUUUUUUUUUUUUUAAAUAUAUAUAUAUAAUAUAUAUAUAUUAUUUAUUCGAAUUGCUUCUAUUAUCGAAGUUCCCCUAACUAAAUAUUCCUUCUGUGCAAAGAUUUAGUACAGAGACAUGUUGCCAUUGGGUCAUUCAUAAAUUUCUUGGUGUGUUUUGUGUGAGGGGGGAGGUUUUUUAUUUUUAUUUUUAUUUUUUUGUCCUUUCCCCUUUUAAAAAAAAGUAAACUUUUUAUUUUAUUUUUUUUCCUCCUUUUACUUGCAGGUUGUUGGAAAAGAUACAAAUGUGAUGCUUGUGGCUCUAGCUGCCAAAUGUCUGGCUUGUCUAGCCAGUGGUCUCAGGAAGAAAUUUGGAACCUACGCUGGAAUUGUGAGUUAUUGGCUUGAACUUGUUUCCUCCCUUAAUGUGUUUAUAUGUUUUUAUUUUUUUAAUUCUAGAAAGCUUGAGUCCCUUUCACUCCUCACAUCGAAGUCUCGGGCAACAAUCUAACAAUGGAACAAACUGUUAAAAGCUAAGAUGGGUUAUGUGCAGCAUACAACUUGUAUAAAGCCAAUGGUGCUCUUUAUGUUUACUGUGACAAACUGUAGCAUAGCUGGUUCUUGACUUGAGUGCAUUGUUAGAGGGACAACAAAGCUUUUAGGAGUACACUCCAUCACACUUUAGCCUACUCUUGUUAUAUUACAGGGAGGCUCUCUCGUUCUCAUUUCCAACAAUCUGGAGAGCUCCCCAGCACUUAAAGCCUGAACUUCAGACCUCUUAAUGGGUGAAACCUCCCUGUUUUUCAGUUCUUGUCCAAAUGCCUCUGCUAUCACUUUAUUCUCCAUGCGCUGAGCCUCUCAUCUCAUGGCACGAGUAUGCAGUGCACGCUCUCUCUGUACAAGAACUUGAACGGAUAACAAGUGUUCUUUCCUACAGUGUCUGUCUCCACAUGCUUAUGGAGUGUAAGUUCUGCAGGCCACCUCUUUCCCACUGUCUUAAAAGUUCUUGCUUUGCAGGUUGUGCCAACAAUAUUGGAAAAAUUUAAGGAGAAGAAGCCACAGGUAGUCCAGGCUCUACAAGAAGCGAUAGAUGCCAUAUUUCUCACAGUGAGUGCCCUGUUAACCCAAAUAUUCAGCUUGAUCUGAUGACUAUGUAAAAGCUUUACUCAACUAAUUUUCUGGUUAUAUUUUUAUUUUUUGUUAGACAACAUUGCAAAACAUAAGUGAAGAUGUCCUUGCUGUUAUGGACAACAAAAACCCAUCAAUAAAACAACAAACCUCUCUAUUUCUUGCAAGAAGUUUCCGCCACUGCACACCCACCACUCUGCCCAAGGCCAUGCUGAAACCUUUUUGUGCGGCGCUCCUCAAGGUAUAGUCCACACUUCUUAAUAAUCAGUAUUUUAAAUCACACUUAAAACAGGACAUUUUUUAAUACUAUCACUGCAAUUCUUUCUAAAUAACAAUUUUUUUUUUUUUAGCUAUGUAUAGAUAUACAUAUAUACUUAAAUACUCCUUGUCUACUUAAAUAUAACUUUGUGCCCUUGGAUUAGAGUGGACCUACAUGAUGUAUGCACUGAAACUUGUUUUACUGAAAACUUAUUUGCUUAGUUUGCAACUUAUUUUUGCCAUCUGCAUAGUUACAAGUUGUGCACAUUUUGAGUUUACACUCUGUAUAGAGACCUCUAGAAGGUUAAAAAAAUAAAUUUAAAAAAAAUGUACAUUUUAUUCACCUCACCACAGCAAAUCAAUGACUCGGCUCCGGAAGUAAGGGAUGCAGCCUUCGAGGCACUUGGAACCGCGCAAAAAGUGGUAGGAGAAAAGGCUGUCAAUCCAUUUCUUGCGGAUGUGGACAAGCUGAAACUCGACCGUGUAAGUCAUUUCCAUAGGUGACUAGUUCUGUUUCUUGUAGUAAAUAGGAUCAUUAUCUUUGAAAGUUAUUACACUGUUGAUUUAAUACACUGUGUGGGUGUCAGUCUAAACACAAUGCAUUUGUACAUGCUCAAUGAAGAUGGUUUGUUGUGUAGAUGAUUCCCCUGCAGUCUCACUUCUCCAUUCUCUGCCAUUUAGGAGUCAAAUCACUUUGUAAAUUCCUGCAGCAGACUGCUGCAUCUCAAUUAUUUGCUAUAUGUCCAUAAUCACAUGUCCUUUGAUCUUAAUGAGAGACUCAAUAUGCUGGAGAUGGUCCAUAUACUUCAUCACAUUCUUUGUAUAACAGUGUAUAUAUGCAAAAAAUGUAUUCUCCGAAAAGCAGCUUUAGUAUUAAACGCGCUCCAGCUGAGAACAGGUCUGAGCCAGUCCUGAUGCUUCCUUAUCGAAUAUGAGGGCAACAGAGCAUUAUUUUUAUUUAUUUUUUCUACACACAUGCGCGCACACAGACCUCACUACAUCGGGUCUGUGUAUACACAGCUGAGUGUCUACGAGUAGAAAGUUGGCAGCUGAAUUAUAACGUUUAUUAAUCCUCGUGGUGCAGCUUCUCAUUCUCUGAAUGGCUAAAACGGAAUAGCAGCCUGACUUUUAUUUCCGUCUCACAAUUUUGCAGAUCAAAGAGAGUGCAGACAAGGUUGAUCUAGCCAAUGGCAAGAAACCUGUUUCUGCGGAUAAGAAGGACUCUAAAGGUUCAGCUGUAGCUCCUGGAAAGUCAGCUCCUGGUGCAGUGGAGAAAGAUGCAAAGGAGCCAGUCAAAGCUGGUCCCCCUCCAAAAAAGCCAUCGGCUGUUAAGGUAUUUUCAAAGAGGGCAGGGAUAUCUGUCUUUAAUACACUGGGGUUUGGAAUGUGCAGCGUAUGCACCCUGGUUUUGAAUUAAUGGAGAUUCGGUUUUGUUCCAGCCUGGUGGACCCGUGAAGAAGACCAAACAAUCAGCAUCUGGUGGAGGAGCUGCCAAGUCGAAGAAGGGAGACGUUAAAGAGAUCAUUGAGCAGGAGCUCUCGGUGAGUAUAUGGACUUUUAUUUACUAGUCUGUUUGUUUUGUUUUUGUUUGGUUUUUGAAGCCUAUGUAAGCAAGAUCUGUCUCCUAGCCCGAGGCAUGUGAGGAGAAAGCAGCAGCUGUACUCCCAGCAUCAUGCAUGCAGUUGUUUGACAGUGGUAACUGGAAGGAGAGACUUGCAAGCAUGGAGGAGUUUCAGAAGGUACGACACCCUGCUCCCUGCCAAUUGCAUGUAUCAUGACUGCAGCUCUAAACUGAAAGCUGUGUUUUAAUGAAACCUUUUGUUUCUAGGCUGUGGAGUCCAUGGAAAGGAGUGAUAUACCCUGCCAGGCACUGGUCAAAAUGCUGGCAAAGAAACCUGGAUUUAAAGAAACAAACUUCCAGGUAUAUGACUGCGCUUGUUGGCUUGGUAUGGACGGAUCCUCCCUUGUAUUAUAGUACUUGGCUGUGUGCAACCAUUUGCAAACGGUGAGACCAGCCCAAAAGUCUGUCUAAGCAAGUGAGGUUUUAACUUAUUUAGAACAAUCUAUAGACUACAUCAUGCUGGCCAGUGAUAAGAAGUUAAUUUUGACUACUUUUAAAAUCUCCUUUUUGGCACUUUCCCUCAUAAAUAUUUAGUAAACCAGUUAGACUUUACUAUUCAAUAAAAGGGCACUUGCAUUUUUUUCUCACUACUUCGGUUAAAUAUUUAGGAUAUUACCUAUAGCUUUUAAUGCCAAGACCAUUGGCUGCUCUUCUCCUAUAAAGGAUGAUGGAUGCUGUCACCAUCCAUCAAGCAGUGAUUAUGGACGCCUGCAAUAAUUUGAAGCAUAGAACAUAACUGAUCUAAUUAGGGGAAGGUUUUCGUCUCUAAAAUUUGUCUAAGACGUAAUUGCUAUUUUUAAUGAGUUGUUUCUUUGUAGGUUAUGCAGAUGAAGUUACACAUUGUGGCACUCAUUGCACAGAAGGGAAAUUUUUCUAAAACGUCCGCUCAUGUGGUCCUGGACGGUCUGGUAGAUAAGGUUGGAGAUGUGAAGUGUGGAGGAAAUGCCAAAGUGGCUCUGAGUGCUAUUGCAGAGGCUUGCUCCCUGCCUUGGACUGCCGAGCAGGUGAGGUGCAAAGUCCUUUAACGUGGCUCAGCCACUCUUCUCAUCCAUGUGCAUCUAAUACAUGUGAUGUCUCCACAAUACAGGUUGUUUCACUAACCUUUGCACAGAAGAAUCCCAAGAACCAGUCUGAGACUUUGAACUGGUUGUCAAAUGCCAUUAAAGAGUUUGGGUUUACGGGGUGAGUAAAGAUGGCAUUAAUCUAAAUUUAUAAGCAUAACGGUUACCAGUUUCAAUUCAGUUUCUUAAACUUUAAAUACCAGCAGCUGUUGGUAAGGACUGCCUAGUCAUCCAGCAAGUAUCCGAUUCAAGGGAUCUUAUAAGCAAAAUGCGAAAUGAUCAGCUUUACUGAAAUCUACUAUAUAGUUAAACUUAACCAUAAAAGUUCAGGAUUUGCAUUGGUAGACUUUGUACGAAGUUUUUUGUUUUUUUUCAGUCAGCCAUGUGUUAUCAUUUGAAUAAAGCUUUAUAUAUUUUAAAUUUUUUUUUUAACAGGCUGAAUGUGAAGGCAUUUAUCAGUAAUGUGAAGACUGCUCUUGCUGCUACAAAUCCAGUAAGUAUCUUGUGUGUUGAUUGCUGUAAUCUUUAGUGCCUCUUCCUGCCUAAAUAUGUGCUUCCUUUUCCCUUUAGGCCAUUAGAACAUCUGCAAUCACUUUGCUAGGUGUGAUGUAUCUGUACAUGGGAGCCCCACUGCGCAUGUUCUUUGAGGAAGAGAAGCCUGCUCUCCUUUCUCAAAUUGAUGCAGAGUUUGAAAAGGUUUGUGUGGUUGCCAGAUGUAAAACAAAUGUUGUAUGUAUACUAUGAAUGUGACAUAUGGCCUAUUUUCAUCUUUAGAUGAAGGGGCAGAGUCCUCCUGCACCAACUCGAGGCUCUUCAAAAGGAGGAACAGGAGGUGAGGAGGGUGAUGAUGGAGAUGAACCAGAAGAAGAUUCUCCUCCUGAUGUCAUGGAUCUUCUGCCAAGAUCGGACAUAGGGUGAGUUGCAGUUUGCAAUGACAUUUAUUUUUUGUUUCUCCACAAUCUCUUCAGAAUAAGUAUUAAAUAUUUCUUCAACUUUCCCCUAGUGACAAGAUCACUUAUGACUUGGUGGCCAAAAUUGGUGAUAAAAACUGGAAAAUACGUAAAGAAGGGCUUGAUGAAGUUGCCACUAUAAUUAACGAGGCCAAGUUUAUACAGCCGAACAUCGGAGAGCUUCCAUCUGCACUGAAAGGCCGUCUUAACGAUUCAAAUAAAAUUCUAGUAUGUUUGUUUCAACUUCAGUAUUUUUAAAGAAUUUCAAUACACUUCAAAACCUUGCUAAUAUAAAAUGUUUUUUUAACUGUAAUUUGUGUGGAUGUAUAUUCAAUUGUUUUAACUAAAUGUUGCACUUGUGUUUUUCCUCUUGUUUUGUUUGAAGUCCCUCCCACCAGCCAGCUAAUUUUUCUUACUCCUUCUAGGUUCUUCAAACACUAAGCAUCAUCCAGCAGCUUGCUACUGCCAUCGGGCCAAAUAUCAAGCAGCAUGUGAAGAACCUUGGGAUGUCUAUUAUUACAGUCCUGGGGGACAGCAAAGUAAGAUACUGCCUGGUUAGAGACUCUAUAGGCACCCAGAAAACUUCAUUUUAUUGCAGUGUCUCUGUCCACUUAAUCCUGCAAAAUCAUUGCAGAUUACACUGUAGAAUCUGGGGCAAAGAACCUGUCAAUUUUCAGGACUAGCGUUCACGGUCUCCACAUGCUACAUGGAAACACUGAACGCUUCCCAUAUAGAUGCAUGGGAAUUUGCCACACAUGCACACUAACUCCCAAUGCUUCCUUAUGGAGAAGCUUUGGAUUAGCUGAUAUCAUCCAUAUCGAUUUCCUCCAGUGAGGGUGGGGCACAAUCAAUGUAGAGAUUACUGUACAAACAAUGUCAAUGUUUUGUUCUUUGUGUAGUGAACUGUACAUUCUUUAACUUUCUUCUCAAGCCUAUUUUUAAAGGGGCUUUUAUUGUUGGUUGUACUUAACCAGUUUAAUGUUGUUGAAUGUUUUGGGAAAGGGGGCUCUUGUGAAGAUGUUUCUGUAGGUUUUCAUUGUGCACAUGCUUGUUCAGCUCACGUAAGGAGCAAGUCUGUUCAGUCUACUUAAUAUUUUACUCAUAAGGUUGCUGUAAUCUUAUGCAAAGUAAUGACCCUGACACUCACUCCAUGCAGGCAAAUGUGAGAGCUGCAGCCUUGGUUAGCCUGAAUGCAUGGGCUGAACAAACUGGCAUGAAGGAUUGGUUAGAAGGAGAAGACCUGUCUGAGGAGCUGAAAAAGGAAAAUCCUUUCCUAAGACAAGAGGUAAAACUUUCUCAUAUGAAUAACCUUGAGCCAACUCUUGGACAGGGAACAAACCAUUAAAAUGUUCAUUUCUUCCCUCCCUACUUUAAUGGUGCGUUAACUGAUAUGCAAGGGUAUGUUUGUUUACUUUUCCAGCUCCUGGGGUGGUUGGCAGAGAAGCUGCCUACCUUGCGAGCAGCACCAUCCGAUCUAUUCUUGUGCGUUCCCUAUUUGUACAGCUGCUUAGAAGACCGCAAUGGGGAUGUUCGCAAGAAAGCUCAGGAGGCUCUUCCAGUGUUUAUGAUGCACAUUGGGUUUGAAAAAAUGUCAAAGGCCACAGGCAAACUCAAGGUAUGACACAUGCAAAUAGUAUUUUGUUAAGGGGGUUAUCUUGUUGCUUCUGUAACUUUUUUUUUGUAGGAAUUAGUGAUACUUUGGCAUUUUACCUUUAUUUGUAAAACUGUUUCUAUUCCAGCCAGCGUCCAAGGACCAGGUGUUUUCUUUACUGGAGAAGGCAAAAGCUACCAUGCCUGCCAAACCUGCUCCUCCUCCAGGGAAGGCAUCCGCUAAACAGCCAGGGGCAGCUGCCAUGUCUUCUGCGCCUCCUGCUUCUGCAGGUAAGCACUAGACUCUGUUCAAAGCAUCACAGUAUCGCUCAAAUGGGAAUGGAAUGUAUGGCAUUGACUCGUUUUGGUCAAUGGCUUUUGCUAUGUUUUUCCAUUUAGUCUCCUGAAUAUUGUAGUAUAAUGUUGAUUCGAUAUAAACCCUAACCAUGCUAUUCUCCUCUUUGGGUGAAGCUGCUUCAGAUUCCGGGUCAUCUGCAUCAGAUUCCAAACCAGAUCCCAAAAAAGUCAAACCUGGGGCUCCAGCAUCAAAAACCAAGGUAAUUCACGCCAGUGGCAUUUGGAGAUGUUACCCUGGUAGGAAGAGCGCAAGUUAAUUAUUUGGAAAUAUAUUUGUAUUCUUUCUUUCUUUUGGUAACUGUCAAACCCCUGUGAGCAUCAUGGAUGCGUUGCAGACUAGCUUCACAAACUUGCCUUCCCCCUAAACAGACUUUCUCUAUCGGGCAUUUUCCUGGAAAUUUUUUUUGUCAUGUUGCCCUACCUCGAAAGUCUGUUAUCAAACUUUUUAUUACUCUGUUCUUACUCUUCUCUUAACAUCGACCAGCAAACUAUACAUUUCAUUCUUAAAUGUGUUGGUCCUUUAUUCAGAGGUAUUUUUUCCUCUGUAUAAGAAUAAGAUUUUCCCAUGUCACAUAAAGAGGUAAUUUUUCUGUAGACCCCAUCGGUAUCAUCUGAAGUCAAUAACAGCAUGAACCAAUCUAAAGCCAACACCAGUCUGACCAAAGCAAAGCCAACAAAACAGGUAUUGGAGGGGUGGUAACACAGCAUGUAUAUCUAACCUCUGCACCUUCUGGGUGUGCAAGUCACAGAUUGCUUGUGCACUUCUGGGGAAUUCACAAAGACCUUCCAAGUAACAGCACUUCUCUGUUCACGACCUUUUGGCUCUAGUGUACUUGAGGACAUGGCUCUGAAAGCAUCUGUACGACUACCAGUUAAAAACAUGCACUUACUUACUAUGACUGUUUAAACACUGUAGGUGGGCUUUACAUGUCAAAGAAGCUGAUGGGGGAUGAUGAGUUGCACUGAAUGGGACUUGUGGUGCUGUGCACUGUGGGCCCAACAGACCUGCUCUGGUGACAAAACUAUGUGCACAGGGGCCAGCUGACUCCAAAGCUUCCAUGAAUGACAUUCACAGGAAUAGUUUUAUGUUCUACAGCUGACAAUGGCUUAUUCCAGAUCCAGUUCAUUGAACACUCCUUAAGAGAUAAAUAUCUCCUCUUAGGAUGUGGAUUAAAUAAAACCUGGAGCCAUAUUCUCUAACAGGCCACCUACAUUUUUGGGUUUUCCGAUCUGUCAUAGCUUCACAACAGGUUGGCCCAUACAUCCUGCAACUGUUUUGUUCUGACUCCACUUACAAUGACUUAAUCAUAAAAAUAUGCAUUUAUUUAAUGGUCAGGUUGUUCCUGGAAAGAAAGUGCCAGUCAAACCUAAUGCGAAGGAUGAAGAGGAUCGAUCUGGUCCCAUUUUCAUCAUUGUCCCAAAUGGGAAGGAGCAGAGAUUGAAAGAAGAGAAGGGGUUAAAGGUAAGACCUUGGUUAAUUUUAGUUAUAGUAGAAUAGGAAAGUGCUGGAACGUUGGUCUUAAACUCUCACUCUUAAGCGUUUAUGGUUUUCUCUUCCCGAACAUGCUGGAAAGCUGCAGCCUUUCAGUAUUAAGAGUGAUCUUACUACUUGAGAUGAAUUAACUGCCCAGACAACCUUCUAGGCAUUGUAGGCCAUCAUACUAUGAUCACUGGUCUAAAGGAACCUACCUAAAUGUGUGCUUCGUGAAAUAGUUCUGCAGACAAACUUCUACAUUUAGACUUGAGAAAUUGUCCUUUUUAAAUGCCACUCUUACACUACAGGUUCCAUCACAAAAUGGCCUUGUGUAGUAGAUAUUGUGGCGACAUCUUGGUUUUUCAAAUUGCAUUUUCAGGUUUUUUUCACUAAACGGAGAAUAACUGGAAUUCAAAGUGAAUUUCAAACUAAAAGCAUGGCAGACUAGGAGAAGUUCAGCAAUUUUAUCUUUAAAAUUGAAAUUCUCACUUUGGUGAAUAAUCCUGUGUGUUUUGUUCCUUUCUUUUUAGCUGCCCUAACCUCAUACUAAAACAUGUCCUUCAAAUGGAUUGGGUCCAAUAGAUGUAGCACUCCUACUUGAAUAGCUGUAACUGAAUAAUUUUCAUUGACUUGUAGGUUCUAAAAUGGAAUUUUACUACCCCUCGAGAUGAAUAUAUUGAGCAGCUAAAGACACAGAUGUCAGCGUGUAUUGCUAAAUGGCUCCAAGAUGAUCUUUUCCACGCAGACUUCCAACGCCAUAUAAAGGGCAUGAAUGUGAUGAUGGAGGUAAGUGGCAAUGUGUUUUCUUCAUUACAAUUUGUAAAUAUGAUUGUUUGCUUGCCCAAAACAGGUGGGCAGAUUCACAUGCAUCUGCUCACAAACAAAAACCUCUCUAUUGGAUCACACUGGUCAAUACUAGAAGUGUAUGAAUUCUCAACUCUAGCUCUAUACAGAUUGGCUGUUUGUUUUAAACAAUCUGAAAUUGGUGUGUUCCCUUUUUAGAACCAUAAAGUGCAUGCUAAUGUGCUAAACAAAAUUAAUUUUACUUUCAGGUCAACUUAAUACAAGGAUGCCUCCUUAUGGUGAUAGUUCUAAGGGGACACUAUAAUCAUGAGAACAACUACAGCUUAUUUUAGUUUUGUUUUCUAUAACCUGUCCCUGCGGGCCUUUUUAAUGUAAAACUGCCUUUUCAGAGAAAUUGCAGUGCUUACAUUGCUGCUUAGUCACUCAGACUGCCUCUAGAGCGGCUUCCUGCAGCACUGGCAUUCAGAGUCUUUACGUUCUGCAUGGAGACGCUGAACACAUCCCAUAGAGAUGCAUCGAUUCAAGAUGAGUAGAUGCUGUUUUGCCGCAAUAGUCUCAAAUGCUUUCCUAUGGGAAAGCAUUGUAUUGGCGGAGAUCCUAAAGUUUGCUCUCCGCUACGGAGUGAGGUGGGGCCAGCCACACUGAAGGUGAAAAGGGUGGUCUCCUAAACUGAUUUUUACCACUCUAGUCUCAGGAAUAAAUGUUUGUGUUCCUGGCAUAUGUUGUUCUAUCCCUAGCCUCUAUUCUCCCUGAGAUUAUAAAUUGCUAAUUGUAAUAUGUCACCCACGUUCCCUUCUCAGCAGAUUGUGGAGAUCUCCAUGUUUAUGUGGUUUAUAUCAGACACGUGAUCUUGAAUUCAUAUAAGUGCUUCAAACUACUUCCUGUCUAAUUUGCACUUUAUUUUUCUAGCAUUUAGAAAGUGAAAAGGAUGGUGUGAUGAGUGUUUUGGAUCUGGUCCUGAAGUGGUUUACUCUGCGCUUCUUUGAUACGAACACUAGUGUCCUAAUGAAGUGCUUGGAAUAUUUGAAAAUGCUUUUCACCAUGCUUAGCCAAGAGGAUUACCAUAUGACUGAGCUGGAAGCCAAUUCCUUCGUCCCUUACUUACUACUCAAGGUAAAUGCCCUUUUCUACACAUCUAGGAAUUUUGGUGGCGGCUGCUGGAGGAUGAUGAGUUGCACACAAGGACCCAUAGUGCUGUGUACUGUGGGGCCUGACAGAGCUAGACUGGUGACAAGAACAAGUGCACAGGGGCCAGCUGACUCCACGCAGCCUUUACUAGAACUGGGGAAAAAAUACAUUUCACAAUCUAAUGUAAAAUAUUAUGCAUUAAGAUGUUAUACAUAUUGCUAUGUCAGCAGCUUAAUGGGUGUAACACCCACUGGCGUUCCAAUCGAUUUGCCCUGCUAGGACACUUCUCAGAUUAGGGCAAUUCACCUCUGACGCAAACAUGCUGGCAUCUGACCAGGGUAACAUCAGGCACUCUGUUCCAGUACUGCUGUAACUGAUGCAAGAAAUGCGGACUAGUUGGGUAACCAUGGCAACCUCAGCACAUUCACGGUUUGCUUUGCCAGAGAGGCGGUCUCUCCUGCUAUCCCUAUUAGAUUUACAGCUGGGGGAGGAUCCAUUUUGAAAUGGGUAUUUCUCUCUAUCUAUAUAUUUGCCAAUAAUUCUGCUAGCACAAUGUAUAGAUGCAACUAUUUAUUGUUGAGAAUGAGCUUAAGUUGUGUGUAUCUUGACAAAGUGAAAACUUUUAUUCCAGGCAGGAAACUACCCACUUUCUAAAGGGCUUUAAGAUUUAGGACCAAUGGCACAUCUGACCACUAAUGCCUUCAUUCAUAAAUAAUUUAUCCUAUUACUUUGCACAGAUGUAUUUAUUUUUAAUGCUGAGUGUGGUACUGAAAUGCAAAUAGAAAUCAAAGGCUAGUACUAUACGUGAUGUGACUAGGUUUUAAUAUAGUAAAAUUUAUAGAAAUCUCCACCGUACGAAUUACGAAGCUUUAUUGUACACAUUUCUACCCAUCUAACUCUUAUUUAUAUUGUUUGUCUGUAAACAGGUUGGAGAGUCAAAGGAUCUUGUACGUAAAGAUGUGCGUGCCAUUCUAACAAAGAUGUGCCAGGUGUACCCAGCCAGCAAGAUGUUUGUUUUUGUCAUGGAUGGAACAAAGUCAAAGAACUCCAAACAGAGGGCUGGUAAGAGCUUGUUUGGCCAAUAGAACCUUAAAGUGAUUGCUCUGGCGUGAGGGUUGUGGUGUGUCUUCAAUAUCUAUAGUUUGCUGGCAUAUUGCGUUUGUGCCCCCUCUUCUUGUGGCAAAAUUGCCCAUUGCUUCAUCUUGGUUGCUUUUGUCUUUUGCCAUCUUUGGAUUGACAUUAUAAAUUUAUUUUUAAAACGGUUGUGCUUGAUGGAUUAAAGUCUUUUCAGCUUAGUUACUUUUUUUUUUUUUUCCUAUGUCUCUUUGCCAUGUCUUGUUUUCUAAAGAAUGCCUGGAGGAGUUGGGCUGCUUAGUGGAAUCCUAUGGCAUGCACGUGUGCCAGCCAACCCCUGCCAAAGCUCUGAAGGAGAUCGCUGUGCACAUCGGUGACAGGGAUACGACUGUACGCAAUGCUGCGCUUAACACAAUUGUGGCGGUAUACAACGUGCAUGGAGAGCAGGUCUUCAAACUUAUUGGAAAUGUGAGUAGUUCUCUUCUAUGAAUCACCCUGCAGAUUAAAUUCAUUCAGCUGGCCUGAAACUCUAACGAGGGGAAUUGGAGUCAUUCACUAAAGUGAGAAUUGACGGGAAUUCAAUACUUUGGGGGGGAAAUUCUCAGUUAUGCUUCCAGGUUGGCUAUUUUAGUCUAAUAUUUUAAACUCCCUCUGCAGUCCCUACAAUUCUCAGACAAAAUCCAGCAGGUUUCUUCACUAACAUGAUGUAAUGAAUAGGCCAUGGCGCAGUGGUAGCGUAAUAUCAACACCAUUCACACACGGCUGCGAACAGCUGGUUCCCAGUUUUAUUUGCAUUUAAUUUCUUGAUAGCAAUUUAAGGGUAAAAUCUUAUUGAAAUGAAGUAAAGGUCCCUCUUUGAACUUUUCUGCUGGAUUUUUCAUUUAGCCACUGGACUCCACUUUCUGUUGCUUCUUAUUGAAGCUUGAAAUGCCCAUGUUGCUUAUGGCUUUUUUAUUUUUUUACACUAUUGGAAACUUCAAUAUGUACAGAGGCCCAUCAGGAAGACCUGUAUUACUGUAAAUAUUUCAUCCAUUCUUCAUCCUCACUGGGAGACCUGUUUUUCCAUGAUUACCAUGGUUUCUGUGCAAUGAUCUGAAUGUCAGUUCGUCCCUAGUGGAAUUAAAUUGCACUUUUAUUUUGGUUCCUAAAAUCCUGUGGAUGCGUCCCCACAACUGGAACAUGUGACUUUGUUGCUCCAUUCUAGAGGAAUACUUUUGGCGUUUACAGCAAAUUUAGAUCUGCAUCUUCUUUUCAGCUCUCCGAGAAGGAUCUGAGCAUGCUAGAAGAGCGGAUAAAAAGAGCAGGCAAGAAAACUGCGGCUGCACCAGCCAAACAAGUAGAGGAAAAGCCUCAGCGCGUACAGAACGCCAACACCAGCCUCCUGCGCAAAGCACCUCCUGAAGAUAUGUCGUCCAAACUGAAGUAAGUUCUGCUUGUCACUCUUGAUGGGUAUGGAGUCUACCGCCUAUAUGAGAUCUCUAAAUGUUCUGUGCUUCUUUCAAUGCUUCUCAUUGGACAGAAUUAUGUAUCGCACUUAUAGGAUGUAAGUACUGUUGCCAAGUGCUUCUGGUCCCUCAUCUCCCCACCUACCCACUAGACCCAUCAUAUUGGGUGAUCGAUACAGUGACUCUUCGUACUGUCCCUUUAAAGAAAUAUAUAUAUAUAUAUAUAUAUAUAUAUAUAUAUAUAUAUAUAACAAUGUGUCCUUGUAUCAGCUAUCCUUUUUAAGUGCAUGGUAGUAAGCAGCCAAAUUUAACCUACUCCUGUAAACUAAAAUGUGUCCAGUUUUCCAGAUUAUACAAAAAACUUGUAGCAGUCUCCAAAGUGUUAAUUUUUCAUCCCUCGAUGAUAUUCAAUGACUUUCCUCUUCUUUGGUAAAGUGCAUGUGAAUAAACUGUGUUGAAAUGCCUGUACGAUGACUCUUCACACAAGUAAUGCCAUAAUAACAUUGCAUUUGUUGGCUUUUUUUUCACCUCCCCAGCCAAGCUCGCAAUAUGGGGGGUAAUUCUGAACCACCAGCCCACUCAGUCCCACGUGAAUUCCAGCUGGAUCUUGAUGAAAUCGAGCAUGACAAUGGCACCGUUGGGUGGGAGAUACCGGCUCUUGUUCAGCACAAACUUGAUGAAAUCUACGAUCCGGUCUCUAUUCCAGAGCCAAAGUGAGUCUUGCAAAUAGUGCUCAAUAGUUUUGCAUUUGAUCUGGUUUGUAGUCUGUGAAAGAACAUUGUAUAUGCAUGUGUUGGUUAUCUCGUGCCCACUCAGUCUCGAAUUCUUACUGCUUAAAUUUUAGCAUUCUCUCUAUUAAGCAUCAGGAAUAAGGUUGCAUGUUCUCAUAGGAGUUAAACCUCACAUGAACGCUAUUUGUGAUCAGAUUCUACAGUGACAACUGGACUAUCUUUCCCAAACUAGAAAGUGUAUUUAAGUUGUUGUAGGUCUUGUACAAUUUGCUAUUGUGUGAUGUCCAAGAAUAACAUCUGUAUAUCUAAAACAAACAAAACAGAACGGCUGCAGUAAACAAGUGGUAUCUAGCAAGGAAUGAUUAAUUUUACAAUGUUUGCUCAAAUGCAUCUGAAUAAGAUUCUUCUAUUGGAGACUAACCUAAUUCCUGCCUACCACGCCUGCAGGAUCCGAGCCAUUUCGCCCCACUUUGAUGAUAUGCAUAGUAACACAGCUUCUACCAUCAACUUUGUGAUCUCCCAGGUUGCUAGUGGUGAUAUCAAUGCUAGCAUACAGGCUCUGGCCCAGGUAAGAUUCAGUUCCCUUCUAACUCAUGGUUUGUUUUAAUGAAUUAUAUUUAACGCUAGACUCGAGCUUUAAAUCCCGAUGUCAUUUUUGCCGUAGAGUGAAUAUUUAGUUAUUUCAGUGAAAGACCAUCUCUUCAAUGUUCUUCCAGUAUAAAUGUAAAUAAUUGCACUCUUGGGCAGUAAAUUCUAUAUUCCUUGAUAUUGCUAAUGAGUUUAGGUCAAAUAACAUUUGAAACCCAUUUACAGUUUUUAAAAUGCCAGUGCUUAGUUGGGUAGAGGUGUUCUAGCUGUAUAUAACUGGAAUGUCCCCAUGCCCCAUAGUCAUUUUGGUUUUGUAAAUUGCCAAAUUCAAUCAAAAGCUCUCCUAUGCUUACUGCUGUAACACGUUUUAGUUUUAAAUGUUAAAGACCAUGACAGGAGCUCUUUGUUUUUGCAGAUUGAUGAGGUACUGAGACAAGAGGAUAAGGCAGAGGCCAUGUCUGGCCACAUUGACCAGUUCCUCAUUGCAACCUUCAUGCAGUUGCGUCUGGUGUACAAUACGCACAUGGCAGAUGAGAGGCUCGAUAAAGAUGAUAUUGUGCGGCUCUACAGUUGUAUUAUUGGCAACAUGAUCUCGGUAAGCAGUCCUCCGUGCUUGUGGAUAAUCUGCUAAAGCCAGCUUGCUCAUUAAGGAAAUAGUCUGCCGUAAUCGAGCAUCUCACUGAAUUGUAUUGGUUAUGGUCUCUUGGCACCAGCUCCCCCUGGUUUGGAUCAUAUACCUAUUGAGCCAUUUAACAAAAAAUGGCAUUCACAGUGCCUACAAACUAAGAAAAAGAACUAUAGUGGCUUUUCAGAUCAGAAUUUUCCUGUAAAACAGCACACUAACUUUAACCCCUUCAGACCGAAGUGCGUACUAUUACACCCUAUUUUAGGCGGCACUAAACGCCGCCGGGCGUAAUAGUACGCCCUCCGUUUUUUGUUUUUGUUUUUUUACUUACCUAGUCGCUGGUAAUCCCACGCCGGCGAUCGCAGUUUUGGGGACUCCCAGGGAGCCCCCCGCAGCACAUCCGACCUCCUGUAGCUCCCCCGGCCCUUGUGAGAGUGAGGUCCUUGCGAGGACCUCACAAUCACAUGGCCAGGUUAGCUGGCUGCUGCAUUGCCAGCAGGGGGACUGCCUAUAAUGACAGUCCCCCUGCUGGCUGAAAAUCUAUUAAAAUGUUAAUAAGUGAAAAAAAAAAAAAAGUUAUAUACUUAGAUCAUAUGUAAAUACGUUUAAAAAAAUAAAAUUAAAAAAAUAAAUAAAAAUUAUAUAGGUGUUCUAUCUGUAUUGUGAUUAAUAUAUAUUUUAUAUCAAAAUACACGUAGAACGAAAUAUAUCUAUAUACAUAUAUAAAAAUAUAUCUAUAUAUCUCACACACUCUAUAUAUUUAUGUAAUAUUUUUACAUAAUUAGGUAUCUUAAUUAAUUACAAUUAGCGGGACCUGCCUGACAACCCAUGCCGAAAGUAAAGGGAAUUUAAUUUGCUAGCACUAUAUUUAACCCUAUAACUUUCCAAGAAACAAAACCUGUACAUGGGGGGUACUGUUCUACUCUGGAGACUUCGCUGAACACAAUGAUGAUAUCGCCAGUAAAAGUGACUUUUUUUUGCAUUUUUCAUGCACAAACCGCACUUACACGGACGAUAUUAUUGCUGUGAUACUUUUUACUGUUUUGAAACACAAAUAUUUGUGUUCAGCGAAGUUUCCUGAGUAAAACAGUACCCCUCAUGUACAGGUUUUAUGGUGUUUUCAAAAGUUACAGCAUCAAAUAUAAGGCUUGUGUUUCAUUUUUUUCGCAUUAAAAUUCGCCAGAUUGGCUACGUUGCCUUUGAGACCCUAUGGUAGCCCAAGAAUGAAAAUUACCCCUAUGAUGGCAUACCAUUUGCAAUAGUAGACAACCCAAGGUAUUGCAAACUGGGUAUGUCCAGUCUUUUUUUAGGAGCCACUUAGUCACAAACACUGGCCAAAAUUGGCGUUUUUACACACAAACAAAUACUAUCGCUAACUUUGGCCAGUGUUUGUGACCAAAUGGUUACUAAAAAAGACUGGACAUACCCCAUUUGCAAUACCCUGGGUUGUCUACUAUUGCAAAUGGUGUGCAAUUAUGGGUGUAAAUUUCAUUCCUGGGCUACUAUGCAGUCUCAAAGGCAAUGUAACGAAUCUGGCAAAUUUCAAUUUCAAAUGUAACGUGCUAUAUUUGACCAUGUAACUUCCCAAAACACCAUAAAACCUGUACAUAGGGGGUACUGUUUUACAUGUGAGACUUUGCUGAAUACAAAUGUGUAUUUUAUUGCAGUAAAAUCAAACCGUAUUAUGACAUUCACAGUUAAAAUGUCACUAACUUAAAAAAUCGUAUUUUCUCCCUUUUUUUUUUUUUAGUUUUUUCAUAUUAAAUUAUGUUCCAUACCUAAAUAUUUGAUAUUAAAUGAAAGCCCUGUUUCCCCUGAAUAAAAUGAUAUAUAAUAAGGGUGGGUGCAUUUAAUAUGAAAGAGGUGAAUUACGGUUGGACAGACAUGUAGCGCAAAUGCCAGUUUUUGUUUUGUACACAACGUGUACAUUUGGCUCAGUCCUUAAGGGGUUAAAUAUAAAUAUUUUGUUUGAGGGGAAAGUAGUUUGUUUUUAUUUUUAUUUUUUUAUUUUUGGUUUUCGCUCUUCUUUUACUGUGGUGUCUUCAAUCACUCAUGACUUUAAUUGAAUCUGAUACUACUCUGAGGUGGUGAGGACCCUGCCCUCAUUGUCUGUGUAUCCCACUAUUCUCUCUAGAGGUAUGGCAUUUGUGCGUCAUGGUGACUGUGUCCAGCAUUGCAUAUGACAUGUUAACACUGGACAUCAAAUUCAGUUUUAGAAUCUACUUGUUUCGUUUUUUUUUUGUUGUUUUUUUUUUCAUUCCACAGAGAAAAAUAGUGACACACUUUUUGUAUGUGCAUGCACAGGGUCUCACUUGUCAUCAACAAUUAUUGAGCAUGUGGAACAUUUUUAUAUAUAGUUAUGUUGUAGCUCAAGGAGCUGUACGUGAGGGCUAUAAUAGUCUCUAGUGAGGUCUGGGAACAUGGUCAGCGCUGCUCCUUCAAAGUACAAAGGAGCCUUCUCUCGGGCAGCCACCAUUAGUCUUAUCCUGCAUGGACUGGAAGCGUAUUAUCAGAUCCGUAUGAGCAGAGGCCGGUGCUGUGGCUGGCUUCGGUAGCCUGAGCAUGCAGUCUAGCCUUGGCCUGUUUGCGUGGCAGCAAGGUGCCUGAAGAAGUGAGGUAAGUCUGUUAGGCCUACAGUGUCCGGUAUGCUGCGGAUUGUAAGGUUAAAACGCCUCUGUUGAUCCUCAAAGAUGAUGUUGGUGGCUUUUUGUUGUUGCUGGAUUUCAGCCAUUUUACUCUCCAUGGAGUCUAUUCUCUGAUCUUGGGAGCUCUAUGAGGCCUUCAGCAAGGUGAUCCUGGAUGUGACGCCUUCUAUAGCAUCAUUAAUGCCUGCCAUGUCCACUGCUAUGUUAUUCUGUAGUUUGGCUAGCAUGCUGUUUAACUUGGUGGCUGUUUCCUGGUCUCCAGGGGUGGCUUGCUGGGGCUUAGGUCUGACAAUUGGAGCACUCAUUGCUCCCACUCCCGCUUCGAAUGUCUCGUCAGAGGAGUAGGAAGGCCCUUCAUCCUCAGCACCAUUUUGUCCCACAUGGGGGUCCUGCAAGCGUUGUAACAGCUCGCCUAUGUCUCUGCUUAGGGGGCCAUUGUCUGAUCUUGGUUUUUGUUGUUUUUUCGGCCCAUAGCCUUCUCCUGCAUAGGGUGAGGGGCUGUUGGGUUUGGCAGUAGCCCGUUUUUCGCUCAUGUCUGUUUUACUCGCACGAGGCCUAGAGCUAGAGUUAGCAUGUCUGCUCAGCUCCGAUGUUGGCUCCGUCCCCCCCCCCGAAUCUACUUGCUUUAUUAACAACUGUAGGUUAAUGUUGCAAAAUCUGCAGUGCCAUUUUUCAGAAACCAUUUAUUUCCAAGGGUACAAUAACAUUAUCUAUGCUCCCCAAUUAUUUUAUUAAAUUUUUUUGUAUCCAUCACAUUUCUACUAGAGCUGUCGCAAACCGUUUGCGAACUUCCCGCGAACGGCUCGCCGCGGUUCGCGGCAAGCUCCGGUCAGCUGACACAUCCCGGCCAAUCUCCAGCAGACCCUCCCACCUCCUGGACAGCAUCCAUGUUGAAGGCAGCUUCGACAUGGAUGCUGACCGGAGCUCGCGGCGAGCCGUUCUCGGGAAGUUCGCGAAUGGUUCGCGACAUCUCUAAUUUCUACUCUUUUUAUGUUGACAUUUUGUUCUUGGCCACAGCUGUUUCAGAUGGAGAGUCUGGCACGAGAAGCUUCAACCGGCGUUCUGAAAGACCUUAUGCAUGGCCUCAUCACUCUCAUGCUGGACACUCGUGUUGACGAACUUGAGGAGGGGCAGCAGGUGGUUCGCUCUGUGAACCUCUUGGUUGUGAAGGUGCUGGAAAAAUCUGACCAGACAAACAUAUUGAGGUGGGUUCUCAAUCUUUUAGUCCCUGUUGAGGUGAAACCAUUUGUGUCCUGUCUUACAUUUUCUGUCUUUACAGUGCUCUGCUGGUGCUUCUCCAGGACAGUCUGCUUGCUACAGCCAGUUCCCCCAAAUUCUCUGAGCUGGUUAUGAAGGUGAGUGUAAAGUGUUCCAUUAAACUGACUUGUAGCAGUACAAGGUAAACUUUUUACACUAUACAUUUUAUAUUUAUCCAUGCAACAUUUUCGUACAGCUUAGAGCCAACAUUUCCAUAAGAUGUUAUUAUGCACGGAUUGUAUGAUAGAUAAUUUCUCAUCUGUAAAUGGUGCAUUUUUUUUUUUUUUUUGCAAGUAAUUCUCGUGCCCAUUUUUCAUAAACUUUGCCUUGUUCUUGGUUCAAUGUGCAUGCAGUGUCUAACUUGCCACCCUAAUGGUCUUCUCUACACCACUUCUUCAUUAUUAGAAGGGAGGCUUCCAUAAUGUGUUGAACAAUUGAUUCCUUUAGUUUCUUACAUUUUCCUGCCUUGGCAUCCUUCUAAUAAACUAUGUUAAACCACGUAAACUCUACAGCUGCUAUUUAAGGGACACUCUUGACCCCUAAUGCACUUUAGCUUGCUGAAAAGCUUCACAUGGAAAUUACAGAUUUUAAUAGAAAUGUACACUUUUCUAAAUUGUACAGGUUACACCCCCUGGCUUUUCAAGCAGACAACUGGUCCUGUUACCUGGUUUAGUUAACUCAGUGAAGCUCAACUCAAGAGGCAGCAAUUACCCAGAGCACCUGCCUUGCAAAGAUUUUUCAUUGAGUUGCAUUGGGAAGUCUGUGAUUGGACAGUCACAAAGUCUGGGUAUGGUUAGAAUGGGAGUGCUUGCUUCAUUUGGGGUAUAGCUACUCAAGUUAUAUAUAUAUUUUGUAUAUGGACAGUGGAGUGUCACCUUUAACAUAAAGCUAUUUAUUAUCACUAUUCAGCUUCUUAGAUUUGCCCUCUGCCAUUUUCUGUCCACACAGUUUGGCAUAAAAAUAUCUAUACUCCUCCUGCAGACAAGUCCAUGAUUAUGCUUUUCAAACAAGAGGUUUGGGGACCUGAUGCACUUAUUUUGCGAGUGCCAUGCAUAUCACAUUUUGAAUCAAUACUUCCUUAUGGGGGCUGGAGUUAUUUUUUUUUUAUUUUUUUUUAACUGUUGCUGCAGCAGGAAUGCCUACAGUGGCUGAGGAGGAUUUGCCCCUGCAAUGUAAACUUGGUUUAAAAACAUAAUUGAGAUGUUUUUUAAAUUGCAGGGUUACACCUACAGGAACUGCCUUUUUAGUUGACAUUUGGCCUGGGUUAUUUUAGUGUUUUUUUUUGUUUUUUUUGUUUUUUUUUAAGAUAUAGAUUUUAGUAGUGCAGUAGUUCAUACAUAAGGUAACAAUGACAUAUGAUGUAAAUAUGAACUGUAAAAAUAGGUGUGUGAGUAGGGCAAGAGAUUUUUUUUAAUUUUUUUUAAACUAAAACAAGGUAAGGCUGACAGAACAGAACAUUGUUACAAUACUUACUGUAAUUUUUCUUUUCCUGGUUAUUAUCCAUGUUGGCGUCACCUGUGGGUUAGCUCCUCCCUCCCAGCUGAAAGAACUGGAAUCUACAUUUCAAAUGAUGGGAUAUAAGGAAUCCACCUCCCCAGAAUAAGCAGUCUCGUAACCAAGUCAGUCCAGAAAAAAGAGGGUUUAUUGAUGCUGACAUGGAUAUUGGCCAGGAAAAGAAAAUUACUAUUAGUAUUGUAACCAUUUUCAGUUUUCUUGGCCAAUACAUCACCUGUGGAACUUCCCAAUCAAAAGUAAAGGGUGGGUGGUAAAACAAAAACAAUUAUACCAAACCAAUAUUAAACCAAAUGUAAUCAAACCGUUGUGGAAGUAGGACAUUUCUCCCAAAUGAGGAGGCAGAUAAGCCUGAAACGUCUAGGCGAUAGUGCCUCACAGAAGUGUUGAAAGAUGACAGCCCUACAAACUUCUUCUGUAGAAGUAUCCACCAAAGAGGCCGAGCGUGUGAACACCUUCCGGCACUGGUUUGUCAGUGACUGUAAGAUUUCUGAAUCGCAGAAGUAAUCUAUCUCCUGUUGGUAGAAACAGAAGCAGAUAUACUUUUAUGGUAACCCAAAAGGUACAAUAAAAUCUACUUGACUUACUAAUUCGUAAGACCUAACCACAUCCAAAUAUGCCAAAGGGAUUCUUCUUCAGAAGAAAGGUUUUCCCAAGAAGGUAGGAUAAUCUCCUGGUUCCAGUGAAAUUAGGAAAGGAACCUUUUGAGUGAAUAUUGGAACCAACUUUAGAACCGCCUUAUCUCCAACAAAUUGAGUAAGAGGAUGAUCAGAUGAAAGAGCUUGUAAUUCUGAAGCUCUUCUGGCUGAGGUGAUGGCAACAAGGAAAAACCCAUUUCAGUGUUAAGACCCCUAAAGAUGAAGAAUCCAUAGACUGAAAGGGUGUCCCUGUCAGACUAUGCAAAACUGUAGGCAAGUUCCAUGUUGGGAUGAAGUUUGUGGGGUUGUGUUUUUUUUUUUUUUUUGGUUUUUUUUUAAAUUUGUGGAGUGUGGGGGUUUAACAGAUGGUCUAAUUCUUAUUGCUCCUUCGUGAAACCGUUUAAUCAUAGGAGGACAGCCAGGGGGAAAACGCAGAUAAUUGUACUUUAAGAGAACUAAGGUUCAAACCUUCAUUCUCACACCAUUUUUGUAAAACUUCCAACAAAUAAGGAAGAUUAAGAGUUUCAGAAACUUUCCCAAGGUCAACAUAAACUCUCUAGAUUCUAUCGUAUACUUUUUGACGUAGUGUGACCGCUAGCUUUGGGAAUAGUCUCCACUACAUAAUCUGAUAAGCCUCUAGCUUUCUUCUCAAUCUCUAGGCCUUUAGAGCUUUGCAGGAUCUUUGUGGAGAACUGGGCCUUGUGAUAAUCGGUGCCUUGUGACGGACUUAACAGCAGUGGAAACCAAGGCUUCCUUGGCCAAUGGGUAAUAAUAGCGAUCCCCUCUACAUUUUCAUUCCAGGUCUUUUUGAAAGUUAUCUGGGAUUUAAUGGAAGGAGAGGGAAUACAUAUCCCAGUGAAAAAUUCCAUCUCGGUCUUAGGGCAUCUUUGCUCUUGGGUCAAAUCUCAUGGAAUAGAGAAAAUUGGAAACUUGCUUGUUUCUGUAGUUCACCAUCAGAUCUAUAUCUAUCAAAGAUUGCAUGUCUGCUUGACCGUUUCUGAACUCCGCUUCCAUUCUCCUGGAUGUACAUAGUGUCGGCGACAUUGUUCAUUUAUCCUGGAAUAUGUAUUGAGCUCCCCAACCUUUUCCCCGGCAUCUGUGGUCACUAAUUCCGAAUCCGGGUCCCUUAGCAGGAAGCCUCUCCUGAUAUUUUCUACGUUCAUCCACCACUGAAGAGACAUUCUUACUUCUUCUUUGAUCCAGAUCUUUUGUUUCUAUUCUUGAUUGAACUGCUCUAAGAAAAUGUUCGGUGUUAUUCUCCGGUUCCAUUGUGCCCACCUCCCUAAACCGAUAUUUGGGGACAUUGUUCCCUGUGAUGGUUGAAGUUCAUAAUAAAGCCGAAAUCUUGUAAGUCCUGAAUGACUGUCUCAGUAUCUCUUAUCAGUCUUCCUUUUGACUUGUUCUCAAUCAGUAUAUCUUCCAGAUAAUGGAAUAUUCUGAUUCGUUAUUCCCAUAGAGCAUUUAGGCUGAUCAGUAUCUUUGUGAAUGUACUGGGUGCAAAGCUUAGAACAAACUGCAUACAUAGGAAUUGGAAAUUACUGUCUGGGAAAUCUUGAACCUUCGAUACAGUCUGUGCUCAAGUGCUACAGGGAUGUGAUAGUAUGUGUUUUAAAGAUCUAUGGAGGUUAGCCAUUCUGUAGGAUAUAUAUUUGAGAAAUCAUAGUCUAAAGACUCUCCAUCUUGAAAGUUCUUUCUUUCAUAGCGAGUUCACCUUUUUCAGAUCCAAAAAAAUUCUACAUUUCUCUGAUGGCUUUGGAGCAAGAAAAACAGAAGAAUAAAUUCCUUGGAAUCUUUCUUUGGAAGAAAUAUAACAAAUCACUUCCUGUUGAAGGAGUUUUUCUAGGCAUUUUCAUAGAUUUUUCAUUUUCUCUAUAACUGACAGAACUGAAAGAUCUGUGAUGUGCAAGAACCAGAUUCGAUUACAUUUUGCAAGACGGGCUCCUACCUUAAAUGUUUCCUGCCACCUGCCGAAUGAAUCUUUUGGGUUUUGGAAGAUUGACUCUGUUGUUCCUUCCAGUAUGUUACAUAGCUAAAUAAUAAAAAUUAAAAAUAUAUGUAACCAGGAAAGGUACAUUCAGAUUACUCUGGUUUCUAAGUAUGUCCAGGGUUUGUUACGAUUAUCCAACUUUUAAUGGUACUUAUUUCAUCUACCUCGGAGGGAUGAAGAGUGGAGUCAACAAUGCCAGGAUCUGGACCUGCAACCCUCAAGGGGGGGGGGAAUGGUCUACUGAUGUAUUAGCCCGCUGAGCUAUCUCACUGGCCUCUAGCUGAAAAGAAACUUGUGUCCAAGUUCAGUCUCUCUCCUAUGUUUUCUCUGAUCUGAAGCGUUUCCAAUUUUGCAACAAACUAGGAACAAAUUCAUUCUUGACCCCAAAUUGGCAGUCGGAUAUCUCCUGGUAUCAUGGCACUCUAGAAUAUUCUCUCCCAGGCUGCAAUAUAUGUACAGAUAUGUAUCGGUAGGAUUGUGUGUAUGCCACCUCACACAGGUAUAGCCAUUAGGCACUCUUUUAUUAUAUAAAUAAAAAGCUCACUUAUACUUCUAUAUCUGAUUCUAGAGGUGGAGGAAAAGGAAGCCAUGGUCACCAAAGCGCUACUAAGCAAUCGAAUUACAAACAUAUACCAGCAAAACAAAACUUAUGUUUAAAAAAAAAAAAACCUCUUAAUAUUGAAUUAUAGUAAUUCCUUUACCUUUUUAUGAUAAAGAUCAGGGUUUAACCAACAUUUUUCAGCAGCAAAUUCACCAAACAAACCAUCCAGAAGGAAUAACUACCUUAAACCUCUUCAGUGAACUUCCUAAAAUGUUGUUCUGGCACAUGCACGACCCAGACUGCAGUUGAAUUUUCUGUGUGGAGGGAGACCGCGGAUAUCAAGCAGCUGCAGCAUCAGAUUAACCCUCGUCGUCCUCCCCGUUUUUAAAUGUUUUUGUCUUAAGUGUAAAGCAAUUUACCAUCGGACAUGACUCCUUCACCAUAUUCUCCAUCUUUACCUAGGUGGCACAUCUGUAUUUGAGUGUUGAUAUUUUAUUGUAAUUUUUGGUGCAUAGUGUGUGGUGAAAUGUUUAAACCAUAAGCCAGAUGUAUUCCAUGUAAUAUGGGUUUGUUAAAAGACAAGUUAUGGUCAAACACAACUGUCCCUUAAUUUAAACCCUUGGGCUUUUGUUUUUCCUCGACAAUUAGUGUUUAUGGCGAAUGAUUCGACUCCUCCCUGAAGCUAUAAAUAACAUCAAUCUGGAUCGGAUCUUACUUGACAUGCACAACUUCAUGAGGGUUCUCCCAAAGGAAAAGCUGAAACAGCACAAGAGUGAACUUCCAAUGAGGACUCUGAAAACCUUGCUGCACACACUCUGCAAGCUUAAAGGACCCAAGGUAAGGUCCCUCAGCCCUGCACUGGCCUUUCAGUGGAGUUUAGCUGACAAGGAAGUCCUUGUAGAGUAUAUAAACUGCAUCACAACGUAAACCUGUGAAUUAGAAAGCUGAUCAGAGAUGGAGGGGGGAGACUGUAGGUGAUAGGUUGUGGGAUUAUUUGUUUAAUCCUAGUCCUUCUGAAAACAAAGGCAGGAAUAAAAGUAUAACCACUGUUAUAAAAUUCAUGUGUGGUUUUUAUUUUAUUUUUUUUAUUUUUUAUAAAGGGUAUAUAUCUUCCACAACUAAAUAUCACAAAUCUGAUAGAAUUUGUCUAUUGGAUAUAUGCAUAUAUUUUCUACUCUGAAUGUUUGUUUUUAUAGUGUGUUUGUUAUACUAUACAUCAACUACAAAUACAGAAGUGCUUUAUUGCCAAUUUGCCCCCUGGGAAUUAAAGGUAGUUUGUAAUGUGAGAAACUUCUCCCUGAUUCUCUUUCAGAUCAUGGAUCAUCUAAGUAUGAUUGAGAACAAGAAUGAGUCUGAACUCGAGCUCCACCUCCUGCGAGUCAUGAAGCACUCAAUGGACAGUACGGGAUCAAAGUCUGACAGGGAAACUGAGAAAGGAGCCUCUCGCCUAGUAAGUGAAUGGAUUCAAAGUCUCUACUUUGUCUUAGUAUCUCUUGACUGUGUUGGAAUUUCAGUGAAAAAUAAAGCUACUUUUAUAGCUAAAGUUUCUCAAGUCCCAUCAAAAGAGCCAUGUAUUAGCACAUUCAUUUUGUGCUUUACACUUUAUAAAAACAUUUAUAUAUAAAUUGCCUCCAUAUUUUUUAAAUUUUAGUUUUUACGGAAUUGAUCCAGCACCUCUGAGCCUCCUUAUAGCAUUAAGAGUACUCUGCACCUGAAGACCAGUUUUUAACCGGAAUCAAACUCUGGAAAGUUAGUGCUCAAAGCUAAGCAGGGAACCAGUGACAUAGUAAUUGAAAGUUAGAAAAAUAGGGGACCUAGAUACAUGGUCAGCAGUGUUCAGCUUCAGGGUUCAUGGCACUAGCCAGAUCAGCCACUGCAACCUUAACAGAGGCUUUGAAAUUCAGGGAUUUCUCCAUGCCCAAGAACAGCCUCCAAGCCACAUUCCCAAAAACCGUGACUUAGAGGCACUUUUACUCUGAUCAGUAGCCAAGCAGUUGGUACUCUCUGCCCACAAUGUACAGUAGGUAUUAAAGAAACAUCAAAGUUAUGGGGGGGAGAGGGCAGUGUCCAGGCACAGUCUUGCCUUCAGGGAUCAGUGUUUCAUGGAUCGGUAGGAUUGUGUGUAUGCCACCUCACACAGGUAUAGCCAUUAGGCACUCUUAUUAUAUAGAUAAAAAGCUCACCUAUACUUCUAUAUCUGAUUCUAGAGAUGGAGGAAAAGGAAGCCAUGUUGGCAUUGAGUAAUUCUAAAAAAAAAGACCGAUCUAUAAGCAGAGGCUAAACAAGUUAUAAGAGCUUCCAAAUCACACACGAGAAAAUCACACCAUCUGUGUAAAAAAAAAAGACUUUUUUUUUUGGAUGCAUAAAUGAGAAGGAAAGUAAAGGAUUAGAUUAAAAACAAAAGGAAGGUAUGUAGAAGAAGAUCAAGGUCUAGCUGACUGUCUCAAUUAAUAUUUUUGUUCGGUAUUUACAGAUGAAAAUGUAGGAAAGGUUAGGAAAAAGGACAAAUGAGUCAUUUGUUACAUGUGAGUUGACAGAGGAAGAGGUUCUAUUUCAACUGUCAAAAGUAAAGACCAGUAAUGAUGUCCUGAACGGUUCGCCGCGGACUCCUCAUUGAGUAAACAUAGACCCUGUACCUCCAGUCAGCAGACACAUUCCAGCCAAUCAGCAGCAGACCCUCCCACCUCCUGGACAGCAUCCAUUUUGAAGCUGCAUUCUUAGUGAGCUGUCCAGGAGGUGGGAGGGUCUGGGAGGAAGGGUCUGCUGCUGAUUGGCUGGAAUGUGUCUGCUGACCGUGAGGUACAGGGUCAAAGUUUACUCAAUGAUGAGUCCGCGGCGUUCGGGACAUCACUAAAGACCAGUCAAUGGGACCUGAUGGAAUAAACCCAAAGUUAUUAAAAGAGCUUAGUGGUGUACUAGCAAAACCAUUAACAGAUUUAUUUAACCAAUCCUUAAAGGACCACUAUAGUGCCAGGAAAACACUCGUUUUCCUGGCACUAUAGUGCCCUGAGGGUGCCCCCACACUCAGGGACCCCCUCCCGCCCGGCUCUGGAAGGGAGAAAAACUUACCUUUUUCCAGCGCUGGACAGAGAGCUCUCCUCCUCCGAUCCUCUUUUCCUCCCCGUUGGCUGAAUGCGCACGCGCGGCAAGAGCUGCGCACGCAUUCAGCCGGUCACAUAGGAAAGCAUUCAUAAUGCUUUCCUAUGGACGCUGGCGUGCUCUCACUGUGAAAAUCACAGUGAGAAGCACGCAAGCGCCUCUAGUGGCUGUCUAUGAGACAGCCACUAGAAAAAAAAUAGGGGAAGGCUUAACCCAUUCAUAAACAUAGCAGUUUCUCUGAAACUGCUAUGUUUAUGAAAAAAUGGGUUAACCCUAGCUGGACCUGGCACCCAGACCACUUCAUUAAGCUGAAGUGGUCUGGGUGCCUAGAGUGGUCCUUUAACAGGAAUAGUCCCAGAAGAUUGGAAGUUAGCGCAUGUUGUGCCCAUUCACAAGAAAGGUAGUAGGGAGGAGUCGGGCAACUAUAGGCCAGUAAGCCUUACUUCACUAGUGGGGAAAAAUAAUGGAAACCAUGUUAAAGGAUAGGAUUGUUGAACAUCUAAAAUCACAUGGAUGUAAAGAUCAGAGACAACAUGGGUUUACUUCAGGGAGAUCAUGCCAUACUAAUUUUCUUGUGUUUUUUUUUGUGUAACUAAAUCAGGGUGGUGCAGUAGACCUUGCUCACGGUGCCUAGAGAGAUAUCAGCUAUGCCUCACUGAUGAUGCCUAACAAGGCUGAAACAAUCGUCUGGGGUUGCUGUAUCUCUCACGCAGAGAGAACUUGCUGGCAUUUCGGAUCUGGACUGCCCGUAUCGGUGGGACCAGUCUGAUAUGCUUCAGAUAUGUGAUCUCUGUAAUGGCACAAGAUGAGCUAAAACCAGCUUGAGUUCUGAGCGGGGACCCACUGAGUGGCAGGCUAUUUCUACUGCAAUCCGUUCUCAGAAUACUCUUGUGACCCGUUUUGUGGUGCAGUAGACAUUGCUUACCUAGAUUUCAGUAAGGCUUUUGACACUGUUGCACAUAGAAGGCUCAUCAAUAAACUGCAAUCUUUAAGUUUGGAUUCCAAUAUUGUUGAAUGGGUAAGGCAGUGGCUGAGUGACAGGCAACAGAGGGUUGUAGUCAAUGGAGUAUAUUUGAAGCAUGGGCUUGUCACCAGUGGGGUACCUCAGGGAUCUGUACUUGGACCCAUUCUCUUUAAUUUUAUUAGUGAUAUUGCAGAAGGUCUUUAUGGUAAGGUAUGUCUUUUUGCUGAUGAUAUGAAGAUAUGUAACCAGUUUGAUUUCCAGGAGGGAUAAGCCAAAUGGCAAAUGAUUUAGGUAAACUAGAAAAGUUUGAUAGUCCUAACCUCAACAUCUGAGGAAAGGGAUUUAGGGGUGAUUAUUUCUGAUGACUUAAAGGUAGGCAGACUAUGUAAUAGAGCAGCAGGAAAUGCUAGCAGAAUGCUUGGUUGUAUAGGGAGAGGUAUUAGCAGUAGAAAGAGGGAAGUGCUCAUGCCAUUAUACAGAACACUGGUGAGACCUCACUUUGUGUAUUGUACGCAGUACUGGAGACCGUAUCUCCAGAAGGAUAUUGAUACUUUAGAGAGAGUUCAGAGAAGGGCUACUAAACUGGUUCAUGGAUUACAUGAUAAAACUUACCAGGAAAGAUUAAAGGAUCUUAACGUGUAUAGCUUGGAGGAAAGACAAGACAGGGGGGAUAUGAUAGAAAUAUUUAAAUACAUAAAGGGAAGAAAAACUACCACAACAUAGUCUUAAAUUAGACGGGCAAAGGUUUAAAAAUAUCAGAAGUGUUACUUUACUGAGAGGGUAGUGGAUGCAUGGCAUAGCCUUCCAGCUAAAGUAACAAAGUAAAGGAGUUUAAGCAUGUGUGGGAUAGGCAUAAGGCUAUCCUAACUAUAUAAGAUAAGGCCAGGGACUAAUGAAAGUAUUUAGAAAAUUGGGCGGAAUGGUUAACUGCCGUCACAUUCUAUGUAACAUGCCCAGCAUGUCACUAGUCUCCCAUUGCGAUAAGUGGUUCACUCCUGGCCCCAUAACCAUGUCAUUGAGGUGACAUUAAGGGGUUGGAAAUAUUUAACGCUCAUAGAGCAACUAUCGGGGCAAAAAUUACAGGAGACAGACAUGUUAAUCUCAGACUUCGCUGAUACAGAUCUUUCUCCAUGUUCUGUUAUGGGUACAAGUGCACCUUGGUCUGUAUUAAUCUGCGCUAAAUGUAAAGCAGGUUGAAAAAAACAAACAUUGGACCAGCAAUACGUUUCAAACUUUAGCACCUAGUGCACCAGGCAGCUGUAAAAUGACCCCCUUAGUUCUGUUAGCCGAGCUCCCCCAGACAGAACCACUGCUGGUGCUACACAGAACCAAGACCAGCUGAACUGGCCGGCAUCGCCAGGUUGAUGCACGAGCUGUGAUCCUCUUAUGGAGCUCAAGUUCAUUAAAAGCCUAACGCCUCUUUUGUACUUACCUGACUGCUUAUGUUGUGUAUAUUUCUAAGGAAAACAUUCACUAAAACAGUGAUGCAGAAGCACAGAAAAUGCAUAAAUACAUUAUAUUGAAGUGCAGUUUAAGGCCGACUUUUAAAUAUAUGGCUAAUUUAAUCCAGCCUGCACCACCUUAAUUUUUCUAUAUAUUUUUUUUUCUUUAGGAAGAAAAAGCUGCAAAAGCCAACGUUAGUGAUUUUCUUGCUGAGAUCUUUAAGAAGAUUGGCUCAAAGGAGAACACAAAGGAGGUGAGCUUAGUGCCCUUGUAAAGUUAGUCUAGUGCUCCUGUUCUGUAGAGGUUUUAGUCUCAAGAUGCUGGUAAAAUUACACUAUUGUAAAUCCAAAUAUGGGGGGAGCACCUUUCAUUGUUUAUUUUUUGGUCUGGUAUCCAGAAUCCUAGAGUAGACUAUUCCAGAAAUUGUACGUUCAUGUUUUCCUCUGGAUGCUCUCAUAGGGCUUGGCUGAGCUGUAUGAAUACAAGAAGAAAUAUUCUGAUGCAGACAUAGAGCCCUUCCUCAAGAACUCAUCACAGUUUUUCCAGAGCUAUGUGGAGCGUGGGCUCAGACUGAUUGAAAUGGAACGGGAAGGAAAAGGCCGCAUUACAUCGUCAACAGGUAUAGUUGUUUUCAGCAAUAAUCUGCAUAAGCAGUAACCAUCCUAUAAUCUGCGUAUGUGGCAUAAUUUUGAAAGCAAACUAGGCAGCCAUUUUAUACUUUCUAUGGUGUUCAGCAGGAAUCACAUCUGCUGUGAAUGAGAUUACACCUGCACCCACAGUGACAAGUUCCGCAACACUAGUUUCAAAUGCAAAUUCUAAUGGAGAGGAAGUUGGGCCCUCGGUUUACUUGGAACGACUGAAAAUCCUGCGCCAGAGGUGUGGUUUAGACAAUGCCAAGGUGAGAAGCUUCCUCUGGCCUGCCAAGUUGGCAACUCGCUAAUUUUCCUUUUUAUUCUUUGCAGAGGUUAUUUGGUUUUGAAAUCUAGUGCUCUUUGCUAACACUUGUAACCCCUAUAUGGACAAGUGCUCUUUAACCCCUUAAGGACCAAACUUCUGGAAUAAAAGGUAAUCAUGACAUGUCACACAUGUCAUGUGUCCUUAAGGGGUUAAACUCCUUUAGACAAUACUAGUAGAGAUGUAAAAGGUGACCUAUACCAUAGAGCAUGACUGAAAUUGCCUUGUGUGUAACAGGUUUAGACCUUAAUGGGAAGAAAGAGUUUACAAUGCCCUAACUUUCUCCACUGCUUUCUCUGUCCCAAACAGCAAGAGGAGAGGCCUCCUUUGAGCUCCUUGCUCUCAAAGUCCUCUGCUCCAGCGGUUGUGUCCUCCACGGAUAUGCUGCAUAGCAAGCUGUCUCAGCUGAGAGAGUCUCGUGAGCAGUUCCAGCACUUGGAUCUGGAUUCUAACCAGACACGCUCCAGCACCACAUCGUCCUCUUCCUCUGCAACCAACAUUGACGACUUGAAAAAGAGACUGGAAAGGAUAAAAAGCAGUCGAAAAUAAACACUCAUUAGCUGCUCCAGGCUGCUGUUCUGUCCCUUUAAUCCUUCCCUAGGAGUCCUUUCCCUGGCUCGAUGGCUUUGUCUAGGCCUAAUGUAAACUAUUGUUUUAUGUAUCAUACAGUGCAAUUAUUUGUUAUCGAGGCAGGAGAACUUAUUGUGGCUGAGUAUUUGUAAAUAUCUUGCUGUUCUAACUGUGUUUUAGUGUACAGAGACUGUUUACCUGUCCUUAACUGAUCUUCUAUACUUCCUUUAAUUUCUUUUUCUUUGUCUGUUUUUAAUUGUCCGUUUCCAUGGCUCUUAUCUUUGUAGCUUUGUGGCUGUAUGACUUGCUUUUAAUUUAACAAAGCAGUGGAUCGCUGAUUCUGUAUGGAAUCGUAAGGCAUGGCAUGAAUUCUUUUUGUAAAUAAAGUUUGAAAUAAUGGACAAGUCUCAUUUUUGCAGUUGUUGGGUUGUGAUCAACAGAUUAAAUAUUGGAGCUGGUGAUCUGUAUUGAUGGCUUCUGCUUUGUAAAGGGAAACUAGAG